UUCCAAUGCUGACACUAGGUGAGUACCAGCUACAUGUAAUGACGCCUCUUCUCCAUCCUUCAUCAGCAACACAUUACAUCAUCCACUGUCUGCACACAGCCCGGAGCAUCAGCCCUAUACACAGCAACAUCAGCAUCCACAGCCCUAUACACAGCAACCACAGCAUCAACAGCCCUAUACACAGCAUCAACAGCCCUAUACAGAGCAUCCACAGCAUCAACAGCCCUAUACAGAGCAUCCACAGCAUCAACAGCAUUUCUACCCAGAACCCAGAGCAGCAUCAUCAGCCCUAUACACAGCAUCAGCAGCAAUCCUAUCCAGAGCAUCAGCCUUAUACACAGCAUCAACCCUGCACCCCCAUUUACCCCCUCUGACCCCCUGCACACCCUCUGACACCCUGCACACAAAUUGGACCUACCUGAUCCCCCACCCUGCACCCACCUUCCCAGCAGGAGCCCCGACCAUGGCAGAGAGUGAAGCAGAGACCCCCAGCACCCCUGGGGAGUUUGAGAGCAAGUAUUUUGAGUUCAAUGGCAUCAGGCUCCCCCCUUUCUGCAGGGGGAAGAUGGAGGAGAUCUCUAAUUUCACAGUCAGGAAGAGUGAUAUCUGGAUUGUCACAUAUCCCAAAUCAGGUAAUGUACAAUGCUCAUAUAAUAAAUAUGUGAUGUAUAGCUACUAAAACUCAUGUAACAAAUAAGAGAGCUCCUGUAAUAUAUAAUAUAACUCCUGUAAUAUAUAAUAUAACUCAUGUAAUAUAGAGCUCCUGUAAUAUAUAAUAUAACUCCUGUAAUAUAUAAUAUAACUACUGUAAUAUAGAGCUCCUGGAAUAUAUAACUCAUGUAAUAUAUAAUAUAACUCAUGUAAUAUAGAGCUCCUAUAAUAUUGAAUAUAACUCCUGUAAUAUAGAGCUCAUGUAAUAUAUAAUAUAACUCCUGUAAUAUAUAACUCAUGUAAUAUAGAGCUCAUGUAAUAUAUAACAUUGCUCCUGUAAUAUAUAACUCAUGUAAUAUAGAGCUCCUGUAAUAUAUAACAGUGCUCCUGUAAUAUAACAUAUGAUCACUAUAUCCUAUAUACAGUGUGCUAUACAUUGUAUUGCCAUGUGUUACAUUGUAUAUUUGCUUGUGUCAGGUGUGCUGCAGUGUUUUAUGGACCCCCCUUGCAUGCAGACCCCCUGCCCUGCUCCUCUCUCCAUCCAUCCUCAUGUAAAGUUUAAUUAGCUCCUAUCUGAGCUGGGAUUACUGGCUCACACUAAUUGCAUUAUGGCAGAUUGUAAACAUAGGGAUCAGGGUGUAUGCAUUACAUAAUCCUCCAUCAAACUGGCUCCCCAGACAGUGACGUAAUCUUCCAUUAACCCUCUCACAGCUGGAGGGAGUCACAGCAUAUGGAACAUGCAUUGGCCAUGUAUGGUUAUGGACCAGCAGCCACAGAGAGAGAGAGACCUGCCAUUUACAAAUAAUGUAUCUGGCUUCCAGUGGCCUCUGAAUAUCCCUUUUAUUUAGUUAUAUGUAGAAUGGAAAUGUUUAUUACAUUGUUACAUGAUGUAUUUAUCACAGGUUCCAAAUAUCUCCCAGUGCUGCGCCUGGUAUAUUCUUAAUUCACAGCAGUGAUCUACAACCUGAUGGCAGGAUUAUGAGUACAGGCCCUAAAUCCUAUCUAACUAGUGAUUGCACCUUCCCUGGUUAAAUACUCUGAUUAUUGUGACUAUUGAAAUGUAGAAUACCUGUGGGGCUUUAUAUUAUAUCACGUUAAAGUGAUUUGUAUGUGAUUUGAAUAGUUGCGGGUGCUAUAUUGCUUUGAAUUAUAAAAUCUAUGGCAACUUAUGGGAACAAAACUAAAAAACUAGCUGGGCAGAUAACCGGUGAAGGAGGGGAAAGGGUUAACUAAGGGAAGGUACUGAAAUUGGGUUUUAUUCUGCAAAACAUUUGACACCACAACAGCAGCGGUUGUUGAACUGCAAAUCUCACGAUGCAGCCAUGCAGCCUUUGUUCAACCAAAUGUUGGCCGAGGCUGAUGGGAGUUGAUACUUUACAAAUGCUACUGAAGAUGUACCUGUUUUGUUUUGUUGUGAUUGGCUCAGGUAUGGCCCCGCUAUCUUUAAAUCGUACUUUAUUGUCAUUAUCAGUGAUUAUUAAUGCGUGUUGCAAUGUGUAGCUGUACCAGUAUCAAAGCUGCUCUGGAAAAGCCAGGAAUUUACCCGGGAAAGGAUGAAAUCUGAAUUCUCCAUUGCAAGGAGUAAUCUGUGAAUCAUUAGCAAUUUUAGCAGGAUUUUGGAGAAACAGUAUAGAGACAUGAUGCAGAUACCUCCUCCAAGUUUGCAGUCACUGGUUGCAAUAACGUAGUACUUGAUAGCAGAAACUGAAACAAAGAUUGUUGUACACCUGCAGUACAAGUUUGUUAUGUUCUAAGCCUGGACUGUAUGGUGAUGGUUUAUUCGGAAAUCUUUAAUAGAAAUUUAAAAUGAAACAGAUCAAGUUAAAUGGACACUAUAAUCACCAAAGCACCUUUAGCUUAAUGAAGGGGUUUUGGUGUAUAGAUUAUGUCUUUGCGGUCUUACUGCUCAAGUCUUUGCCAUUUAGGACUUAAAUAAUGUUGUUUAUACAGCCACAGUCACACCUCCCUGCAUGUGACUUGCACAACCUUCCUAAACACUUCCUGUAAACAGUCAUCUAAUGUUUACACUUCCUUUAUUGCAAAUUCUGUUUAAUUUAGAAUUUCUUAUCUCCUGCUCUGUUAAUAGCUGUCUACACUGAGCAGGAGCCUCCUGUGUGUGAUUAAAGUUCAAUUUACAGAGCAGGAGAUAAAAACGUUUAAAGUAAGUUACAUCUGAUUGAAAAAUGAAACCAUUUUUUUUAUGCAGGUUGCGUUAGUCACAGCCAGGGGAUUUGUGGCUAGAGCUGCAUAAACAGAAACAAAAGUGAUUUAACUCUUAAAUGGCAGAGAAUUGAGCAGUGAGACUGCAGGGGCAUGAUCUAUACACCAAAACUGCUUCAUUAAGCUAAAGUUGUUUUGGUGACUAUACUGUCCCUUUAAAAAAGGUUAAAGGAAACCUAUAGUGUAAAAAAUACCAAUCAUUAUUUCAGGACUAUAGGUUCCUUUCUGUCCACCCCCUUUGCAUCCAAAAAUAAAAGUAUAAAAGUGAUUACUCACGUCCUAUUCUAAAGUCGGGACUCCUCCCUUUACAGCCUCUAGUUCCACCUUCUGGGAUGUUGGUAUACGAGCUGAUAUCGCCAGUGAUCCCCUCAAAUCCGUUGCUUCCAUUACAGAAGCAAUGAUUGGAACUAUGCUGACGAACGCUGGUAUAACAGCUACCCGUUCGUCUAUUUUCUCCCGAACUGCCUGAGUGAUUAUAGCUCGCAGUUCGGGUGCUGAGUCAAACGAUUCUCCAUACGAAUGACAGUCUCCCAAGUAGAUUCACCCAGUAAAGUAGACAGUCACCCAAACAAAAACCAUAUUUUUCAUAAAACUUAAAAAGCACCCCAAAACCCAUAAAAUCCCCACACAUGCUAUAUCCCCUGAUAGCCCUGAUCUGGGUGACCAACAUAUCCAAAAAUCACCCAGAUCAGUUCAGGGGUUAUGGAAUUUUAUGAAAGUCCAAUUGUGACCGACCGCACACGAGGCUCCUGCCUAGAAAUAGUUCCAUGCAUUUAGGUUGUGCGGUCGGUCUAUUUCGACAAGUGUUUAAAAUUAAUAAAUGCACGAACUGCACCCCCUGGUUCGUGGGAACAAAACUACCGAACAGCGCUCUUCUGUUCGGGAAAAGGAGGCAGGGAUUCAUACAGUUUGAUCAGUGUUCGGGAAGUCGAGUGUCUGAUUUUAGUUCCAGACACUCUACGACCAAGUCCUGCUGCCUCCUUUCGUGUGAACAAGAUGGCUGCCGUUUUCUCCUGCACGUGGCGUUCGGCUAUAUGAACGGUGGCCCCACAGGGAGAGCACUUAAUUGAUUGUUCUCUUUGAAGAUAACGAGCCAGGGGGGUGGUUAGUGUUCGGCACUUCCCCUUCCUGAGACACAGGCACAGCUACUGCAGAACACCAAGCGGCCAAACAGGAAAUCAUAUGAAUGCCGUAAACAGCCGAAUAGGAAAAACCAUACGAAUAGGUUUACAUUCCUAGCAGUCGAACUGGAACAGCAUACAAUAAAUCCCCCCAAGAACGAGACAAAGCUCCGUGUUGAGGGUCAAGCAGCGAACAGUCAGAGCUGUGGGUUUAUUGUUUUUAUAUACACAUUAGUACCAUCCACAGGGUUUUGAAAAACAACCAAUAAACACAUACAAUACACUCAGACACUCCCACACAAAAUCCUCCCCUCUGCCUGUGAUACAAUUACCUUACACAAUGGGUAAUGUAAUUAUCACUGGCAGGGAAAAAUCUACGACCAAGUCCUGCUGCCUCCUUUCGUGUGAAAAAGAUGGCUGCCGUUUUCUCCUGCACGUUACGUUCGGCUAUACGAACGGCGGCCCCACAGGGAGAGCACUUAAUUGAUUGUUCUCUUUGAAGAUAAUGAGCCAGGGGGGUGGUUAGUGUUCGGUAGUUACAGCUACCGAAUGCAAAAAAGUAAAAUAACGAAAUAACAAUAUGCGUGGCCGACAGUCAAAUGCUGUUUUUAGCUGCAUUUAAUUCCCAAAGUUUUACUCAGUUUGGAGGUGACUCUAGUGGCUGUCAGUAUAAUAGAGAUGGUUUUCACCCUGCAAUGUAAUCAUAAUGUAAACAUUUUCAGAAUCAGCAUACUCCAAAUACAAACAUAUGUCAAAAUCAUCCAAAUUGGUCCCUUGGUUCAAAAGAUAGAUCGAAGUCCUUUGUGACCAAAUGAAGCAUGGCUUUUCUGCCCCAAACCAGUUCCACAGAGUCUUCUAUCCUGGAGAUAAUUGGGAAGUAAUCCAAUUAUCUCCAAGGACAGAGGCAAAACUCCAUUGAACACAUGGCAGCAAUAAAAAAAAGACAAUAAAAUACAUAAAAAUAUAUAACUGUGCAGCCAUUGCAUAAAACAGGAGACAUUCAACAUAUCCCCAGAUAGCUCAGAUCUGAGCGCACAUUAUUACUGAAUGGCACUCAGAGCACACACAUACAGUUCAAUUGCCAUGGAGCCAAAGUCUUUCCCAUAGUCUUUCAUUAUACGAAUGGGCUCCAUGGCAUAGCUAUCUGGGGUAUCACAAAACAGGGCCAGCACCGAAUGACCCGGCUUUUGUGUCUUCGCAGGGGAAAAUCAAGCAUUUCAACAUGGGGCCAUAGUCUAAAGGCAGCAGGCGGGCAACCAGGCUCCUCCAAUGCACAGUGGCGAGAUUGGUCUCGUCUCAGCGUAUUUUAUUAUUUUUCAAUUUUACUCAAAGCAAAUAACGUAUUUUAUUAGUAACAGUCAUUAAUAAACUACACUUUUACCUUAACUUAUUAAUUUGUGGCUAAUUUUAUGUAAUCUGGGGAUACAUAAAUCCCUGCCCCUGGCCAGCCCCUGUAAUGACUGUAGGUCAGGGCCAGAUUAAGAGCCCAGUGGGCCUGGUGCUGACAAAUAUGAGGGGCCUAAGUACAGAAUCUUAUCGACCAAAAACACGAAAACAGUCAUACCUCUCAAGCGUUAUGUGUCUGGUGGAGAUCUUGCCGGAUGGAAACUCAUAGGAUGCAGUCAUAAGAAAACUCAGUUUCUCUUAAAAUAUGCUAAUCUCUCUCUAAUUCAUGCUUUCAUCUUUCAAUUAAAUCCAUACCCCCUAACAGCAGUGUAGCAGGAAGUCAAUGGGCGGUGUAAAAGUGGGCCACUGACGCGGAUCAUGUAAACAGAACUUCCGAAAGGGACGAACAUGUGCAAAAAGGAGGCGUUUCUGCCCAAAAAAUUGGAAGGCAUGUCAGGCUAUCCGCCAAUCAUGCAUGCUGGCCAACAUCAUCCUGAGCUUGGCAUAAAUGCGUCUAAUGAUGCGCUCGCUUCAUGCUUUCUAAGGACUGUCCCCUAGCAUUCACAUGUCCACUUGUCUCCUUCCCUUCUUAAUAGAAGGCAGAAGCUCCUGGUAUACAGUCUGAGACAGAGAAAAGGUGGAUGUAGUGAGUGUAGAAGAAAGAACAUGCCACAGUGUUAGAGAGACCAAAGUCAGCAUUACCUAAACUAAUUCCAUUUCAGCUAGUCCACACAAGUUUUGUUUCCAUAUAUCCCUCUUAAGUUUCCAUACUUAAGCAAUAGUAUGUGAAUAGUAGUUAGGGUUGCCACCUUUCUUGGAAAAAAAUACAGGCCUAACAAAUUUGCAUAACUAAUUAUGUAUGCAUGACUUGAUGUUAAUCACAAGGAAUGAUAUAAGAGAAAAUUCUGUAAAAUCACCAAAAAACACAUACAGUUUGAUUCUGAUGUAUAGAUGGAUUGCUCCCAGUGCCCCUAGUGUCUGUGUCCCCAUGUCUCCCAGUGUCCCCAUGUCACUAGGGGACACUGUGAGACAUGGGGACACUGGUAGACCUGGGGACACAGACUAUGUAUUACAGUGUCCCUAUGUAUCACAGUGUCUCAGUGCCCCAUGUCUCCUAGUGUCCCCAAGUGUCUGUGUUACCAUGUCCCUCAGUGUCCCCAUGUCACUAGGGGACACAGAGACAUGGGUACACAGGGAGACACUAGGGACACUGAGAUACUGGGAGACAUGGGGACACAGACACCAGGGACACUGGCUGGGAGACAUGGGGACACAGACACCAGGGACACUGGCUGGGAGACAUGGGGACACAGACACCAGGGACACUGGCUGGGAGACAUGGGGACACAGACACCAGGGACACUGGCUGCGAGACAUGGGGACACUGAGACACUUGGGGACAUUGUGUCCCUAGUGUCUCAGUGUCCCCAUGUCUCCCAGCGUUCCCUAGUGUCUCAGUGUUCCAGUGUCUCAGUGUCCCCAUGUGUCUGUGUCACCAUGUCUAAGUGUCCCUAUCUGUGUCUGUCCCCGUGUCUCCAAGUGUCUCAGCAUCCCCAGAGGUCUCCCUGUGUCUCUGUCUCACAGUGUCCCCUAUUGUCUCAGUGUCCCCAUGUCUCCCUGCAGCCUUUACCCUAUCACUCACUUCCCUGAGUCGUAGGCUGUCUCUGCAGGCCGGGAGCUGCUGACUGGACUCUCUGUGAUGUGUAGCUGCUCCCCGCGGAUCAGUAGAGAGAUGCAGGUAUAUGCUUUAACUUCCUAUCCCUACCUCUCUCCACACACACAGCGACCCCUAUUGGCCGAUGCUGGUAUUGCAGAGUAAUCUCUGUUUAUAUUGAGAAAAAUACUGGCAUUUGUAUUGCCAGUAUUACUGUAAUAUCGGCACCGGCCAGGCAGCUUCAAAUAAAUACCUGCCAGGUGGCAACCCUUAGAGAUUUUUUUUAAAUCAAUGGACCUAUUCCGUGGGCCUGGGCCUGGAGCUGCAGCCCCAUCAGCCCCUAUGUUAAUCUGGCCCUGCUGUAGGUAUUCAGUGUGUGACUACUUACCAUGCUGUAGGGAUAACAAUGCCCAGCACACAGUGAGUGGCCCCUGCCCUGCACAGCAGAUUACAAUUUGCCGCAGUUCACGGUGUUAGCGAGUAGAUGCCUCCUAGCUAACCAUAUCAUGGCAGUGUCCAGAUUUGGCAGAUGGUAUGCUAACGGAGAUGCUCCAAAUUUAUUUUACUGUUUUUAGCACAUUUGUACGGCGCACUAUAAUAGCAAUGCAAUAAAAAAUAAAAAUAAACCUGAAUAAAAUGGCAAAUAAUAAAAUACACUUUUACCACAUUGCAUUAUCUAAAACACCGACAUGUUUUACAUCAUAGGGUUAAAAUGACAGGACCACUGUACCCAGACCACUUCAUCGAUUCAUUGAGAUAUAGCAUUGAGAUACUUCAUUGAGGUACAGCAAUGAGAUACUUCACUGGGAUACAUUGACAUACAUCAUUGAGAUACUUCAUUGGGAUACAGCAAUGGAUACAGCAUUGAGAUACUUCAUUGGGAUACAGCAUUGAGAUACAGCAUUGAGAUACUUCACUGGGAUACAGCAUUGAGAUACUUCACUUGGAUACAUUGACAUACAUCAUUGAGAUACUUCACUGGGAUACAGCAUUGAGAUACUUCACUGGGAUACAGCAUUGAGAUACAGCAUUGAGAUACUUCACUGGGAUACAGCAUUGAGAUACUUCAUUGGGAUACAGCAAUGGAUGCAGCAUUGAGAUGCAGCAUUGAGGUACAGAAUUGAGAUAUAUCACUGAGAUACAUUGACAUACAUCAUUGAGAUACGUCAUUGACAUACAGCAUUGACAUAGAGCAUUGAGAUACAGCAUUAAGAUACUUCAUUGAGGUACAUCAUUGAGAUAUAUCAUGGAGAUACUUUACUGAGAUACAGUAUUGAGAUACAGCAUUGCGAUAUUUCAUUGAUAUACAGCAUUGAGAUACAGUAUUGAGAUAUGUCAUUAUGAUACAGCAUUGAGAUACUUCACUGAGAUACAGCAUUGAGGUACAGCAUUGAGAUAAAGCAUUGAGAUACAGCAUUGAGAUACAGCAUUGAGAUACAGCAUUGAGAUACAGCAUUGAGAUAAAGCAUUGAGGUACAGCAUUGAGAUAAAGCAUUGAGGUACAGCAUUGAGAUACAGCAUUGAAGUACAGCAUUGAGAUAUAGCGUUGAGAUACAGCAUUGAGGUACAGCAUUGAGGUACAGCAUUGAUAUACAUUGAGAUACAGCAUUGAGAUAUAUUGAGAUACAGCAAUGAGAUAUAGCGUUGAGAUACAUUGAGAUACAGCAAUGAGAUAUAGCGUUGAGAUACAUUGAGAUACAGCUGUGACAGACCGCUGGCACUCCGACUGAGUACCUCCGCCAAUCGAUGCUCCUAGUGCUCGCUGAGGAAUCCAAGCACUCCAACCGACACCAUCAGCACUGCAGACCCCUCUUCCAGCGAUGCAAUUGCGCCGGGGUCUCUGCUGUCUCCACCCACCCUGGACCCAAGGCCAGGAUCCAGCUUCCAGUGGGUGAACCUCUCUUUCCCCAGAGAGCAGGAACAAGCUCUUAGCAGAACUUAGUGAUCAUACCAUCACAUUCACAUAAAAAUUAUAUAUUCACAAUCAAUCCAUUCAGGGAAACAACAUAUCAAAAAAUGGCAUGAAUCAGACCAGGGGUUCAGAAGUUAGCAAAGUAUCUUUUGGGGCCUGGCUGGCAGCAUGGCUAUCUGGCCCAAACCGGUUUUACAGAGCCCUCUAGCAUGGAGACAAUGGGGAAAGUAAUCCAAUGAUCCAGGGAUAGAAGCAGACUCCAUUGAGCACAUGUUCCCAGUAAAACACAAAAGGAUACAAAAAUACAUAACUCCUAACAUACUGAAUUGAACGGGCCAAAUCUCCCAGGGUCCAUAGUCACAGGGUAAGAGGCGGGCAAGCAGUCCUCUCCAGGCACAAGUGGCGAAGGGCACUUCGUCACAACAGCAUUGAGAUAUAUUGAGAUACAGCAUUGAGAUAUAUUGAGAUACAGCAUUGAGAUGCAUUGAGAUACAUUGAGAUACAGCAUUGAGAUACAGCAUUGAGAUAUAUUGAGAUACAGCAUUGAGAUGCAUUGAGGUACAACAUUGAUAUACAUUGAGAUACAGCAUUGAGAUAUAUUGAGAUACAGCAAUGAGAUAUAGCGUUGAGAUACAUUGAGAUACAGCAAUGAGAUAUAGCGUUGAGAUACAGCAUUGAGAUAUAUUGAGAUACAGCAUUGAGAUACAUUGAGAUACAGCAUUGAGAUAUAUUGAGAUACAGCAUUGAGAUACAUUGAGUUACAGCAUUGAGUUGCAUUGAGAUACAGCAUUGAGAUACAUCAUUGAUAUACAUUGAGAUACAGCAUUGAGAUAUAUUGAGAUACAGCAAUGAGAUAUAGCGUUGAGAUACAUUGAGAUACAGCAAUGAGAUAUAGCGUUGAGAUAUAUUGAGAUACAGCAUUGAGAUACAUUGAGAUACAGCAUUGAGAUACAGCAUUGAGAUACAGCGUUGAUAUACAUUGAGAUACAGCAUUGAGAUACAGCAUUGAGAUACAGCGUUGAUAUACAUUGAGAUACAGCGUUGAGAUACAGCGUUGAUAUACAUUGAGAUACAGCGUUGAGAUACAGCAUUGAGAUACAGUGUUGAUAUACAUUGAGAUACAGCAUUGAGUUGCAUUGAGAUACAUUGAGAUACAGCAUUGAGAUACAGCGUUGAUAUACAUUCGAUACAGCGUUGAGAUACAGCAUUGAGAUACAGCAUUGAGAUACAACGUUGAUAUACAUUGAGAUACUUCAUUGAGAUACAGCGUUGAGAUACAGCAUUGAGAUACAGCAUUAAGAUACAGUGUUGAUAUACAUUGAGAUACAGCAUUGAGAUACAGCGUUGAUAUACAUUGAGAUACAGCGUUGAGAUACAGCAUUGAGAUACAGCGUUGAUAUACAUUGAGAUACAGCGUUGAGAUACAGCAUUGAGAUACAGCGUUGAUAUACAUUGAGAUACAACAUUGAGAUCCUUCAUUGAGAUACAGCGUUGAGAUACAGCGUUGAUAUACAUUGAGAUACAGCGUUGAGAUACAGCAUUGAGAUACAGCAUUGAUAUACAUUGAGAUACAGCGUUGAGAUAUAGCGUUGAGAUACAGCAUUGAGAUACAACAUUGAGAUACUUCAUUGAGAUACAGCGUUGAGAUACUUCAUUGAGAUACAGCGUUGAGAUACAGCGUUGAGAUACAGCAUUGAUAUACAUUGAGAUACAUUGAGAUAUAAGGGCGGACUGACUACUCGGGCAGAUUGGUCAUGGACGAGGGCCCGGGGCAGUCAGGGGCCUGGCUGGAUUAACAACCAUACCCUCAGAGAUCUCCCCAGCCCGAGAGGAACCAUUACAGCAUUGAGGUCGGCCCUAAAGCUGAGUAAGACCUGGCAGCAAUCCUGCUCUCUGGGUCAGGUCUCCUCCAUGCUCUCCCUGUGCGGAGCUCGGUGUGAGGGGAGGGGGCGGAGCUCGGUGUGAGGGGAGGGGGCGGAGUUUGAUGUGAGGGGAGAGGGCGGAGCUCGGUGUGAGGGGAGGAGGCAGAGCUCGAUGUGAGGGGAGGGGGCGGAGCUCGGUGUGAGGGGAGGAGGCGGAGCUCGGUGUGAGAGGAAGUGACAUCACUUCCUGUCUCCUCCUCUCCUGCUGAGUGGCUGAAGCUAAGGUGCCGCCUUGCAGAAACAGCAGGUAUGUAAAUUCCCCAUAUAAAAAGUAAUAAAAAAAGGAAAUAUCGAAGAUAAUUGCUCAAAAUCACCAGGUGUGUCACUCCAAACCACACCGAGUGCAACAACUUGAAUAUAGUAAAUAAUAUGGUGAGAGCAUAUAAAGUGGUGAAUAAAAUAAUCGUGGAUAAAAUAUAUAAAACAUGCAAUUUACCAUGUAUUUGUGUACAUCCUAAAAAUAUAAAACACAAUACAUAGUAUAGCCUGUAGAAAAUAAAUGAAUAAUAAUGAAGAAAAAUAACCCACUCACAUGGUGCUGAGCCGUUAGCAAGUGGCUCAGACUAUAAGCGCCUUUUCCAAUAUAUUGGAGAUCAAAUGCUGGAACCCAAAUAGAGAUGUCCGCUGUAGAAUCACUACUUCCCUUUAAAUAGCCCAAAUAGACGCCAAAUAGAGGGGUGGAUACAGGAACAAAUAUCUCUAAUGGUUAACAUAAGAAUACAGCAUAAACUGAAUCUCCGAUAAAAAGUCAGCUGCAGCUACACAGAUACAUGGUAAAUUGCAUGUUUUAUGUAAAUUCCCCAUGGCAUCCAGCAUCCAUCUCCCUUGCCCCCCCCUCCACCCACUUCAGCGCCCACUUCAGCCCUCACCCAUCUCCCCUUGCACCCACUUCAGCUCCCACCCAUCUCACCCAGCACCCACAUAAGCCCCACCUAUCUCCCCAGCACCCACUUCAGCUUCCACCCAUCUCCCCAGCACCCACUUCAGACCCCACCCAUUUCCCCUAGCACCCACCUCAGCCCCCAUCCCCCUCAGCCCCCACCCAUCUCCCCCAGCACCCACCUCAGCCCCCAGCACCCACCUAUCCCACCCUUCACCCGCAGCGCCUAUCUCAGCAUACUGCAGCCUUUAUAUCCCCCACACAGUAGAGCUUCUAUUAUCCAUGCAAACACACACUAUAGCCCCAGUAUUCCACAGACGCCUACUACAGCCCAUAUCCCACACACAUACAAUAGCCCCGACCAUACACACUGCAACCAACCAGUCGUCUCCAGCCACAUACUACACUGCAAACAGACUCAUACGCACACACAAACCCACCAGGAGCCCUUACUGUAUGCACACAAUUCCACAGACAGCUUCGCCGACACAUGGAAAAACCACAAGCAGCCUCCCUACGGAUACUAAUUACAAGCAGCAUCCCCACCAUCGCAAUACUGCAUACAGCCUCCUUACACACACACACAUUUAUUACAACCAUUAAAAUAUUCUGCAGCACAGUACAACAGGUAAAAGAAUACAAACAAAUCUAACACAACACGUUGACAUACAGGAACACAACAUCACAAGCAGCUGCCCACACACUGAACCCCACAAGUAGUCUACAAACUUGUAUGGACUUGUAUGAUUAAAAACAAAUAUUGGGGACGUUGCUUGUGAUGUUACCAGCAAACACAGAGGAAGUGUAUAAUUACAUUGGCUUAAUUUUUUUAUUUUAGUGGGGAUGAGGGGGGCGAGGCAUGCCAGUAAGGGUUACUCCAUUCAAAAAUCGUGUUUUAUUAAAACACUGUUUUUGGUUGGAUUAACUUCUCAAAAGCAAAUCUGAUCCUGUUUGGAGGCCUCGCAGGUAGGAGUCAUAACUGUGUGGUUUUCACACAGCCAUUAUGGGUGCAGGGCAGCAUGCAUAUAAUAUCUGUGUGAAAGCCACACAAAGAAGGGAGGAGAGUAGCAAAAGCCAAAAAACUUUGCCCCAGAAGGGGUCCCUUGGUCUCCCAUUGCCCAAGGGCCCUGUGAGUUGUUAGGUCGCCCCUGUUGAGAUACAUCAUUGAGAUGAAGUGGUUUGGGUGACCAUUAUAGGUGAUAUUUUCAAUCUUUUAUUCAAUGGUGUAAUUUCAUAUCCUUCCAUAUUUUGGAGCAUCCAUCAGCUCUAGGUUACUCUAGAUAUUGGGCAUGUGGGAUAGAACUUUUUUUAUUCUGCUAUGUAAACACAUUUGACCUUCUGAUCAUUCUUUCACAUCACAAAAGAGCGCAGCGCUGGUGAAUAUAACCUAGAAUCCUAUGCAGAGCGCAGCAUUGGUAAAUAUAACCUAGAAUCCUAUGCAGAACCCAGCGUUGGUUGUAGCGGAUGGCAUUGGGCUGUCCUGAAAACUACAUGUAUUUUAAUGUAUUUGGUUAAAUUGUAUCUAUGUAUGUGAAACUGUAUGCAGCAUUCGCCUGAUUGUUCGGUAGAAUCACUCUAAGCAUUAUGCGAAUGAAACUACUGAACAGUCAGACCACCCCAGUGGGAAGUGUGCCUCCAAUUACCAGCUGCAACAAUGUUGCGAACGGGUAAUUGGCAAUCUGUGCAGUAGGUCCUUUGUUCGCAGGGUGGCCGCCAUUCGGGAGACGAACGCGUGGCGGCGGCCAUUUUAAAACUCCCGAACAGCGGUGUUUUGCCGUUGAGUGUCUGGAACCCAAAUCGGACACUCGGCUAGGCAAAGACCGCUGAGACCUCCACACUGCCCUUAAGUUCGUAUCCAAACUACCGAACAGCCACCCGUUCGGUAGAAAGAAACAACCGAACAAGGGGAUUCAUGCGAACCCUCCCUAGUCUCUAUAGCCCAAGCCUUUCGUUCCAUUUAUUCCCUUCUUUUGUGACCGACCGCAGGGCCCCAUCUUAUGGAACCAAUUUCAGCUGUUCCCUCCAGCGCGGUCGGUCUUUUUAUUACCUCCACAGAUUUCCCGAACCCCUGGUCCGAUCUGGGUGAUUUUUGGAUAUGUCUCUCACCCAGAUCAGAGCUACCAGGGGAUGUAACAUUUAAAGGGGUACCCCUAGGUUUAGGGGUACAUCCAGAAACUCAGGGAAUUUGUGUGCUGUAUAAGGGGAUUAUGAGUCAGGCUUAGGGGAGGAGAUAUGUGGGAGGUUACUCAGGUAUGAUUGAACACUGUACUAAUGACUGUAAAUCCCUCCCUUGCAUGGGAGAAUGCUUUAUAAGGCCACUGUGUGAAUAAAAGUUUAGUUCUGCUCCUGAUGCUGUGUGUCGUCCAGUCAUUAGGAUUGCUGUUGGGAUAUUGUUGGAUUAUUUUGCCUGCUGGAAACCUUGCCUUAUGGAUUUACAAUACUUGUUCCUGAGCCUCACUGGGAUCUUAAGCGGAGAUAACCUGUGGAAUACUAGCUCUCCGCUACAUUGGUAAAUAUAACCUAUAAUUCUACGCAGAGCGCAGCGUUGGUAAAUGUAACCUAGAUUCCUACACAGAGCGCAGCGUUGGUAAAUGUAACCUAGAAUCCUACACAGAGCGCAGCGUUGGUAAAUGUAACCUAGAAUCCUACACAGAUUGCAGCGUUGGUAAAUAUAACCUAGAAUCCUACACAGAGCGCAGCGUUGGUAAAUGUAACCUAGAAUCCUACACAGAGCGCAGCGUUGGUAAAUGUAACCUAGAUUCCUACACAGAGCGCAGCGUUGGUAAAUGUAACCUAGAAUUCUAAACAGAGCGCAGCGUUGGUAAAUAUAACCUAGAUUCCUACACAGAGCGCAGCGUUGGUAAAUGUAACCUAGAUUCCUACACAGAGCGCAGCGUUGUUAAAUGUAACCUAGAUUCCUACACAGAGCGCAGCGUUGGUAAAUGUAACCUAGAUUCCUACACAGAGCGCAGCGUUGGUAAAUAUAACCUAGAUUCCUACACAGAGCGCAGCGUUGGUAAAUGUAACCUAGAAUUCUACACAGAGCGCAGCGUUGGUAAAUGUAACCUAGAAUCCUACACAGAGCGUAGCGUUGGUAAAUGUAACCUAGAAUCCUACACAGAGCGCAGCGUUGGUAAAUGUAACCUAGAAUCCUACACAGAGCGCAGCGUUGGUAAAUGUAACCUAGAAUCCUACACAGAGCGCAGCGUUGGUAAAUAUAACCUAGAAUCCUACACAGAGCGCAGCGUUGGUAAAUAUAACCUAGAUUCCUGCACAGAGCGCAGCGUUGUUAAAUGUAACCUAGAAUCCUACGCAGAGCGCAGCGUUGGUAAAUGUAACCUAGAAUCCUACACAGAGCGCAGCGUUGGUAAAUAUAACCUAGAAUUCUACGCAGAGCGCAGCGUUGGUAAAUGUAACCUAGAAUCCUACACAGAGCGCAGCGUUGGUAAAUAUAACCUAGAAUUCUACACAGAGCGCAGCGUUGGUAAAUAUAACCUAGAAUCCUACACAGAGCGCAGCGUUGGUAAAUGUAACCUAGAAUCCUACACAGAGCGCAGCGUUGGUAAAUGUAACCUAGAUUCCUACACAGAGCGCAGCGUUGGUAAAUGUAACCUAGAAUUCUAAACAGAGCGCAGCGUUGGUAAAUAUAACCUAGAUUCCUACACAGAGCGCAGCGUUGUUAAAUGUAACCUAGAUUCCUACACAGAGCGCAGCGUUGGUAAAUGUAACCUAGAAUCCUACACAGAGCGCAGCGUUGGUAAAUGUAACCUAGAUUCCUACACAGAGCGCAGCGUUGGUAAAUGUAACCUAGAUUCCUACACAGAGCGCAGCGUUGGUAAAUGUAACCUAGAAUUCUAAACAGAGCGCAGCGUUGGUAAAUAUAACCUAGAUUCCUACACAGAGCGCAGCGUUGUUAAAUGUAACCUAGAUUCCUACACAGAGCGCAGCGUUGGUAAAUGUAACCUAGGAUUCUACACAGAGCGCAGCGUUGGUAAAUGUAACCUAGAAUCCUACACAGAGCGCAAUGUUGGUAUGGUAGUUCUAAAAUAAGCUCUUUUGUAUAGUUUGAAAAUCAUCUUUGAACAGGAUGUGAAUGUUUUUAAGACAGUUAUCUGAUGUUGUCAGAAACCCUUUUAAUAAAUCAAUAGAAGCCACGAAAUUCCAUGCGCACAUUAAAUUAAAGCUCAAAUCAUUUCCUGCUUUCAGAGGCUGCUUAAUUUAGUAUCAUUUUCAGCGUUGGGUUUCUGUAUAGUGGCCUCUUGUUCUGUAUAAUGCCUGUGUCUGUGAAUAGAAAUGCUAAGCUUCUCCGAUACACACUCAUGUACAAAAUAUCUAAUAAUGAUGGCCAUGUUACUAAGACAAUGGGCGUAAUAUAAUAAAUUAUACUUCAGCAGAUUUCUAACUAUUUUUUAAAAAUAUGAAAAUAAACACAUUUUAAUAAAAGUGAAUACACUGCCAUCUCCUUUCGGCUAAUUGGCUGAGAGGUUCACUAAUAACGUUAUGAAAGCUAAUUAAAUUACGCUAAUUUCUGACACUGUUUUUAUGUAUUGCUCUAUAACGUGAAUUAAGGUUUGUUCUAAAUAGUCAGCUGCAGUGAACUGAAAUAAUUUUACAAUUUCUACCUGGAACAAUAUACUCCCCUUUGUUUGUUGCCCUUGUCCUUUAGAUUGUAAGCUAGCUUGCCCAAGGCCCUCACUAGCUCCUAUCCCUGUAAGUGAAAUGCCUUGUGAAUCCUUUGUACAGGUUAUUGUUAAUCAACAAUAACACAGGGUAGCACUCCUUGCACGCAUUGGGGUAUAACUGUAUAACAAGCAAUUCUGGUGCAAAUUUCUAAAAAAUGUUUUACUGGUUUCCAUGGAGACUGCUCUACUAUGUCCCAGAAUGACUCUUUAUACAUAAACAUAAUUCUAUAAUAACUGCAACUCUGUAACUUCACAGCUAUCGUGACCACACAUGGAGAUAAUAAUUCCCCUAUAAUUAACUGCCUUGUUCUGUAUAUCUAAUGGCAGACGUUCCUAAUACCGGGGUCUUUAAUGCUUCAGUUUUUGUGAGUGAUCUCUCGUGUGCAGUUACAAUAUGUGUCCCUGCUUCCUCAGGCACAAGUCUGUUGCAGGAAGUGGUGUAUCUGGUGAGCCAGGGGGCCGACCCGGAUGAAAUCGGACUGAUGAACAUUGAUGAACAGCUCCCAGUAUUGGAGUACCCACAACCUGGUCUGGAUAUCAUAAAGGUAAGUGUUCAUUUACUGGAAUUAUAAAUGAUUUUCAGACAUGAGAGUGUUUUGAAUACAGGAAACAUAUCGCACCACAACAUUCUGUUCUCUUCAGUCAUUUCAGUGGAAUCUUACCUUCUAAAUGCUCAAUUUCACUGCUUCCUCUUGGGUUUCACUGUUUAACAAUGGGGUGACAACAAACAACUUCAGGGGUCCAGGGGCCAGCACAGGAGAUUAACGAAAAGUCAUAUGAUAAGGGGGGGAAGUUGAUUGACGAAUGGACACAGUAAGAAAAAGGAGCUGAACACAGAAGGGAAAUGAGUUCAUAGUUAAAGGAACACUCAAGACCCCUACCAGGAUUUAGCUUGCUGACUUGCUUUAUGUGUGAAGAUUGUGUCCUCUUUUUUCAAUUUCUAAAAAUUGCAGAUUUCAAUAGUAAUUAAGACUUUUAUAAAUUAAUCUAGUUACACCCUCCUGGCUGUCAAUCAGACACCCAGUCCUGUUAUUCCCUGGUUUAGGUAGCUCAGUGGAGAUCAACUCAAGAGGCAGCAAUUGCCCAGAACACCUGCCUUGCAAAGACUUCUCAUUCAGCUGCAUUGGGAAGCCUGUGAUUAUUAUUAUUAUUAUUAAAUUUAUAUAGCGCCAUAAAUUCCGCAGCGCUUUACAACGCAUGCUUAAAGGACCACUAUAGUGCCAGGAAAACAUACUCGUUUUCCUGGCACUAUAGUGCCCUGAGGGUGCCCCCACCCUCAGGGACCCCCUCCCGCCCGGCUCUGGAAGGGGGAAAGGGUUAAAAACUUACCUUUUUCCAGCGCUGGGCGGGGAGCUCUCCUCCUCCGAUCCUCCUCCGUUCCUCCUCCUGGGCUGAAUGCGCCCGCGUAGCGGCAAGAGCUUUCCUAUGGGCGCUUGCGUGCUCUCACUGAAAUCACGAGUGAAAGCCGCAUGGCGCCUCUGGUGGCUGUCAAUGAGACAGCCACUAGAGAAUGAGGAAGGCAACCCAUUCAUAAACAUAGCAGUUUCUCUGAAACUAAACUGGUUAGGGGGAAGGCUUAACCCAUUCAUAAACAUAGCAGUUUCUCUGAAACUGCUAUGUUUAUAAAAAAAUGGGUUAACCCUAGAAGGACCUGGCACCCAGACCACUUCAUUAAGCUGAAGUGGUCUGGGUGCCUAGAGUGGUCCUUUAAACUCCUUUACUGUGUUAACCUCUACCACUUCAGCUGGAAGGCUAUUCCAUGCAUCCACUCUCAGUAAAGUAAUACUUCCUGAUAUUAUUUUUAAACCUUUGUCCCUCUAAUUUAAGACUAUGUCCUCUUGUUGUGGUAGUUUUUUUAAAAUAUAGUCUCCUCCUUUACUGUGUUGAUUCCCUUUAUAUAUUUAAAUGUUUCUCUCAUAUCCCCCGUCUCGUCUUUCCUCCAAACUAUACAUGUUAAGAUCCUUUAACCUUUCCUGGUAAGUUUUAUCCCGCAAUCCAUGAACCAGUUUAGUAGCCCUUCUCUGAACCCUCUCUAAGGUAUCAAUAUCCUUCUGAAGAUACGGUCUCAGUACUGUGUACAAUACUCCAAGUGAGGUCUCACCAGUGUUCUGUACAAUGGCAUUAGCACUUCCCUCUUUCUACUGCUAAUACCUCUCCCUAUACAACCAAGCAUUCUGCUAGCAUUUCCUGCUGCUCUAUUACAUUGUCUGCCUACCUUUAAGUCAUCAGAAAUAAUCACCCCUAAAUCCCUUUCCUCAAUUGUUGAGGUUAGGACUCUAUCAAAUAUUCUGUACUCUGCCCUUGGGUUUUUACGUCCAAGAUGCAUUAUCUUGCACUUAUCCACAUUAAAUGUCAGUUGCCACAAUUCUGACCAUUUUUCUAGUUUACCUAAAUCAUUUGUCAUUUGGCUUAUCCCUCCUGGAACAUCAACCCUGUUACAUAUCUUAGUAUCAUCAGCAAAAGACAUACCUUACCAUCAAGACCUUCUGCAAUAUCACUAAUAAAAAUAUUAAAGAGAAUGGGUCAAGUACAGAUCCCUGAGGUACCCCACUAGUGACAAGUCCAAGCUUCGAAUAUAUUCCAUUAACUACAACCCUCUGUUGCCUGUCACUCAGCCACUGCCUUACCCAUUCAACAAUAUUGGAAUCCAAACUUAAAGAUUGCAGUUUAUUGAUAAGCCUUCUAUGUGCAACAGUGUCAAAAGCCUUACUGAAAUCUAGGUAAGCAAUGUCUACUGCACCACCCUGAUCUAUAAUUUUAGUUACCCAAUCAAAAAUCAAUAAGAUUAGUUUGGCAUGAUCUCCCUGAAGUAAACCCAUGUUGUCUCUGAUCUUGAAAUCCAUGUGUUUUUAGAUGUUCAUCAAUCCUAUCCUUUAACAUGGUUUCCAUCACUUUCCCCACUACUGAAGUAAGGCUUACUGAAUAUGUGUGCUCCUGGCACAAGUAGCUAAUUUUAUUAAAGGACACGGAGGCUCUUAUUAGGCUUUCCUCUUUCUUUAUUCCUCAGCAGCAAAGAAAGCUAAGGUGUUUAUUUGUAGAAAAAAAGGAAAAAGAAACAUGUAUAACUACCCUCACAGGGUUAACAUUACAUCAUUAUCUCCUAUCCAAUAGGAGCAGUCCUUCUCUGAUAUCCUUUCCUGUAACCUCCUCCUCUUCCUCUUUCUUUGCUGCUGCCUCAGCUAAGUAACACUUUGUUUUUUCUCUUAACUGUCAUUUGUACUUAUAUAUGUGUGUAUGACUUUAUUUUAAAUUAUGCCUGUUUUUGUGACCUGACUUAAACUCAGCAGAACGCAUUGUGCGUUUGGUGUACACCCCCCCCCUUCAAGCUAACCCUCCGUGGGGGGGCCCCUUUCCCACAUUGUCCCGCCGGUACCCCGCCCCCCCGCGGGGAUACCGGCUCCACACUUGCCACUGGGUAGUUUAUUACCCCCCUCAUCGGUCACGCGGCGCAGGGAACCCUCGAGGACCGGACCGGCUCUCUCUCCCGGCGGAGGGUUCCCCCGCCGCGGCCUCUCGUUCGUGAGCGCCGCGCGCGCAUGCGCGGCCCAUACUGGCGCCCAUCUUAAAGGGGCGGCACUAGGAAAAAUUUUGCCGCUCUUUUUCUCCCUCAGCUCGUUCAGCCCACUGCAGGGCGCGAGCUGAUUGGUUUGUUUGCUGUACUGUUAGCUUGCCAGUGAUCCCAGGAGCCAUUCCUGAGGGAACACUCGGUAAGCUAACAGUACAUUCUGUGCUUGUUGUCCUGCUGCCUUGUCUCUUGCCUGUUUUAGUAGCUCAUUACUGACACAUCAGGUAGCCAUAUACAUAAUCCUGUCUUUUAAACCUAUGAUGCAGACCCCUGAGGCUUUUUCUGCCCCUGGCACCAGUGAUAAAGGUGAUACUAAGGCCCAGCACGGGCCCUCCGUGGCUGAACCCAUAUCCCUGCAUAGGGACAUGGUGGCCCCUCUGGAGCAAUUGGACUCUGAGGAGUUCCACUCGCUCCUGGACGCCACCAUGUCAAAAUCAGUUACCCAAGCUAUCUUUACCGCCAUGGGGGUUAUGUCGGAUAACUUGUCACACUCUAUUUCGAGUGCCAUUAAGGCGUCUAACCCCAGCAUGACUCAAGCCAGGGCCGCAGAGGGGGAACCUUUAAGCAGAGAGGGCCGUAAGGCCAUUAGUAAAACCCACAAUGUGGGAACGCAUGCCUCCAAAACUAGACUGACGGACAGGGUACGUCCUGUCGCACCUGAGGUCGUGGGGCCCCCACGAAAACGAGCCACCCGCCGGGCAAAAGCGGCGCGGACAUGGAAGAGGGCAAAAGCCCUGUCAGAUUCUUCCGACACUGAUUCGGAUAGUGAGGAGGUUUUGAACGGGUCGGACCAAGCCGACUCAGAGGAAUGGGAGUUUUCCUCCCCGGACCAGAGUCCGACACGCACUCCAGCCAACCCCGUGCAUGACACGGCGGAUGAAACCACUAUUCUGGACCCUCAGGGCGAACCUCUGUUCGACCCAGACACCUUACAAAACCCGAGAUCGGCGGAGUGGUAUCCAACCGAUCAUGUAGCACGAUACAUAGCGGCCAGAAUCCGCAAACCUUUGGAUAAGGCCACCAGGCAGAAACUACGGGCUGAAUGCCCACGCCCGACUGUGCCUGACAUGGCCUGUGCUACACCUGAUAUCGACCCCAAAAUAGCACAGUUCUUGGGUAAGUCUGGCUGGAAGGCGAAGAAGGGACUUGAUUACUCCCUACGCCACUGCCAAGAUAAAGUGCUGGAUACAUUGGGCCCUAGUGCCAAGAUUUUUGAAUUGGUCGAAGCGGCCUUAAAUGAGGGAACGCCUCUUGAUUUACUAGCCAUUAGAGGCUGGGCCCAACGGUCGAUCUGCCUCAUCGGCAACGCUAACGCUGCACUGGCCACAGAAAGGCGCAAAACUAUUUUAAUGAAAAUCGAGCCCAAGCUAAUUAACAUGGCUCUCACCGAACCGGGACCGCAAGCCAAGGGUCUCCUGUUCGGUGACAACUUUGUCAAAGAAUUGGGAAUGUAUGUGAGCACCUUUACGGCCCUAGACAAGGCACAGACAAAUAUAAAAAGAGUGUUCUCUCCCAGAGUUUUUGGUGGGGCCGGCAGACACCGGGGCCGUCUGCCCGGCCGUUCUUCCCGCGGUUCCUACCGGGGAUACAGAGGUCCCGCCACGGCUAGAUUCCAGCCGCCAGAGAGCCGUACGCCCUCACCCUUCUUCCCGGUCAGGGCCAGACCAUGGCAACCUCGAGGACCCAGAGGCAACUCGUACAGCCGCCGACCUUAUGGUAAGUGUAUUACCUCCCCCCCUCCCGGGUGUACCGACUGUGGGGGCAGACUGUUACACUUUGUAGAGUCCUGGCAACAGCUGACUGCGGACGUAUGGGUCCUCAACACCAUCAGGGGUUACCACAUAGAGUUUGUGCGAACCCCGGUCCAAACACACAGACCACACCGCAUAGUUUUCUCCACGCAAGACAAGGGAUUGGUGAGCGAGGAGAUUCGCACCCUCCAAGCGAAGGGCGCCAUAUACCAGGUCCCUUCACCAUCCCCUGGGUUCAUGAGCAAUCUGUUUCUGGUACCCAAGAAGGGCGGCGGGGUACGCCCAGUCAUCAACUUGCGGCCACUAAACGCAUUUGUGCGGUACCACCAUUUCAAAAUGGAGGGUAUCCACUGCCUGCGAGACCUGCUCAGGUUAGGGGACUGGAUGGUGAAGCUGGACCUCCAAGAUGCAUAUCUUACAAUCCCCAUUGCGGAAGAGUGCCACCACCUGCUCCAAUUCCAAUGGGAAGCGACAAUGUGGCGAUUCCGCUGCCUUCCCUUUGGUCUCUCAUUGGCCCCUUGGUGCUUCACCAAGCUGCUGAAGCCUGUGGUCGCCUUUCUACGCAGCAGAGGCGUCCGGAUGAUCAUUUAUCUGGACGAUAUGCUGAUCAUGGCGCACGAAGCCCGUCAAUUACAACAGCACCUGACAUGGGCAGUGACACUGCUACAGAAUCUAGGAUUUCUCAUCAACUGGGAGAAAUCGGUGCUUACCCCGUCCCAGAACAUGGAAUUCUUGGGUUUUCACAUAGAUGCGACUACCGGUACGCUCAGCUUACCAACGGACAAAGUAAAACUCAUCAAAAAGGAGAUCCGCAGAACACUCAAGAGGCCGGUACUGACACUCCGACAACUAGCCAGAGUAAUCGGACUCCUCUCAGCCUCCAUUCAGGCAAUAUUCCCGGGGCCACUACACUACAGGGCCCUACAGCGUCUAAAGGCCACACAAUUACGCUCAGGGCAUGCGUACUCCGACUCUGUACCACUCGACUACGAAGCCAAACAGGAACUCACAUGGUGGCUGCUACACAUGGAGGCGUGGAACGGCAGAGCAAUAUUCGGGUCUGCCCCGGACUUCAUCGUAGAGUCCGAUGCGAGCACGCACGGUUGGGGAGCGCGCUGCGGGCCUACCUCCACCGGAGGAACCUGGUCGUGCGCAGAGAAAAAAUUACACAUCAACGGUUUGGAACUCAUGGCGGGAUCUUUCGCACUGAAGAGCCUCCUCGGGGGCAUAACCAAUUGCUCCAUCGUCCUACGCAUGGACAACAUUUCCGCAGUCCGCUACAUCAACCACCUCGGUGGCACGAGAUCGAAGAUACUGGCGGACCUGGCCAAGGAGUUCUGGCAACACUGCCUGGAACACAACAUCUCGGUCCAAGCGGAAUACAUCCCGGGUAUGUCCAACGUGGUAGCGGAUUGGCAUUCCAGACACAUACAAGACGCCAGCGACUGGCGGCUGGACCGCGAGGUGUUCUUACAGCUUCAAGCGCUCUGGGGCCCGAUGCAAAUCGAUCUGUUCGCAUCCCGGCUGAACUCACAACUGCCAACGUUCUUCAGUUGGAGACCAGACCCAGAUGCACUAGCAGCGGACGCUUUUCUCCAACACUGGCCGAACAGCCGAUUAUAUGCCUUCCCUCCGUUCUCCCUCAUAGCUCGCACGAUAGUACAUCUGAGACGUACUCAAGCGACCCUGGUCCUCAUAACUCCGUUUUGGACAACCCAACCGUGGUUCCCGACCCUAAUGGAAAUGUCCAUGGACUUCCCGAGACGACUUCCGGACCCCUGGUUCCUUUUAUCAGACCCAGAGGGCAACCCACAUCCCCUCAUGACCCAGGGGCGUCUCAAAUUCUUAGCGUGGCUCCUUUCAGGGGACCCUGGAGCAUACCGGACGUUCCACAGGACACUGUCGAACUACUGGCGGGAGCCUGGGCACCUGGAACUAGACGCUCCUACCUCUAUGCCUGGAACGGAUGGGCUAGUUGGUGCAUGGAACAACAAAUGGAUCCCGUACGUGCUCCUGUAAGUUAUCUGUUGAGGUUCCUCACCAACCUACAUAAUCAAGGAUUGGCCUACCGGACCAUCAACGUCUAUAGAUCAGCAAUCUCGGCAGGGCACCAAGGUAUAGAGGGAACCCCGAUGGGUCAGCAACUUCUGGUAUGCCGUCUCCUGAGGGGAAUUCGUUUUGCCCGCCCACCACAACCCCGAUACUCGUCAUUGUGGGACGUCAACUCAGUGCUGACGCUGUUAGAGUCCUGGCCUCAAAACAAGGCACUUACGCUCAAACAACUGUCAGCGAAGCUCACCAUGCUCCUCUGCCUGCUAUCUUGCAAGAGGGUGUCAGACGUUAGAGCACUGGACGUUGAUGCACGCUCCUUUACUCCCACAGGAGUCUCGUUCAACAUCUCCAGGCGUACAAAAUCGUCAAUUACAUCAGUCUCAUACCCUUCGUUCCCACACAACGAGAAGCUCUGUCCAGUACACUGCCUACGAGAAUAUGAGAAACGAACCUCGGAAUUCAGGAAAUCAACACAUCCGGAAUUGUUUCUGGCCAUCAGACAACCACAUCAACCUGUCUCCACGGUAACCCUCGCCCGCUGGGUGAAAUGGAUAAUGACGCUAGCUCACAUAGAUACCUCCGUAUAUGGCGCACACUCUACUAGAGGAGCCAUGGCAUCCAAAGCGUUCACGUUAGGUUGUAGAUUAGAAGACCUCAUGAGAACGGCAGACUGGUCCAGGGAAUUGACGUUUAAAGAAUAUUACUUUCGGCAAACAGAGCACGUGUCGAGCCUGGUUAUUUCACAGCUUUGAACUAGCCUAAUAAGAGCCUCCGUGUCCUUUAAUAAAAUUACCAGAUUUUACUAAUUACAUGACGUAAAGUCAUGAUUUUAUAAAGGACACGGAGGCGAGUAUUAGCCCACCCGGAACAGAUACACAAGUUGUGUAUCCCAACCCAGGUACGUACUAAGUAUUUUGGUAGAAAGAGUUCACUUUUUUCCUUCUUCACGUAAGUGGUUCUUGGUAAUACAUAACGUGGUUGACUAUGACAGAUUUGGUUAAACAUAACGGUUUCAUAAACAGCUCAAGUUUGAUACAUAAGAGUAAAACGACAAUAGUUGGCAAGGACACGCUUUACCACUAUUUUCUUUGUUUUUACAGCGUGAACAAUCCUACAACUCCUAGGAUGGACGACGAGUUCGAGUUCAAGGGGAUCAGUUCUGGAGGUCUCCAAUGUUUAUUCCCCAUGGAGGAGUUCACGGUCAAGUUCAAUGUUCAACUGUUUUUUCUGUUUAGGUUAGGUUCGACCGAGUGGAUAGUUACUUGGUACAAACACGAACUUUAACUUCGGCAACAUUAAGAAAGAGGAAGAGGAGGAGGUUACAGGAAAGGAUAUCAGAGAAGGACUGCUCCUAUUGGAUAGGAGAUAAUGAUGUAAUGUUAACCCUGUGAGGGUAGUUAUACAUGUUUCUUUUUCCUUUUUUUCUACAAAUAAACACCUUAGCUUUCUUUGCUGCUGAGGAAUAAAGAAAGAGGAAAGCCUAAUACUCGCCUCCGUGUCCUUUAUAAAAUCAUGACUUUACGUCAUGUAAUUAGUAAAAUCUGGUAAUUUUGUUUUCCAAUUUACAUCAGGAAGAUUAAAGUCACCCAUGAUGAUAACUUCCCCCUUCAUUGUCAUUUUAGCUAUUUCCUCAACUAGUAGAUUAUCUAACUCUUCAAUUUGUCCUGGGGGCCUAUAAAUCACACCUACACGAGUUACUGUGUGAUUACCAAAUUCUAACGUAGCCCAAACGGACUCUCUUUGCCUCACUAACUUUUAUUAGGCUAGAUUUUAUGCUAUCCUUCACAUACAAGGCCACCCCUCCCCCUUUCUUGUCUUCCCUAUAUAAAGAGUACCCUGGUAUUGCUAUGUCCCAGUCAUUUUUCUCAUUGUACCAUGUCUCAGUAACAGCGACUAAAUCUACACUAUCAGUUGCCAUUAUUGCCACAAGUUCAUGGAUCUUAUUCCCUAAACUGCGAGCAUUUGUAGACAUGACUCUAAGCUUAUAAUUUUUUAACACACUUGCUACAGGCACCUUCUGUCCUUGUUUUGGGGGACAAUUGGAUUGAUGUUUUAUCACCCUUUUGCCCCCCCCCUCCUAGUUUAAAUACAUCCUAGCAAAACCUCUGAACUGCUCACUGAGAACAUUUGUUCCCUUUUGAGAAAGAUGCAAACCAUCUUUUUUGUACAGCUUAUAUCCAUUCCAAACAGAGCUACCAUGAGAAAUAAAGCCAAAUCCUUGCUCCCGACACCAUUCACCAAGCCACAAAUUAAAGUCCCUAAUACGCAUCCGCCUGUCGUUCUGAGUGUUAUGCACAGGCAGAACUUCAGAGAAUGACAGUGUGGAAGCAACCUGCCGUAUAUCAUUGGCAAAAACACUAAAAACUUCCUUAACCUCUGAAACCUCAUUGCAAGCCAAGUCAUUUGUCCCUAGAUGGACAAGUACAUCCAAUUCCCCUUCCUGCUUUGCUUGCUUAACAAUAUUACAGAUACGUCUCCUGUCUCUGUGAGCAGUAGCUCCGGGAAGACACCUCACAAGACCACCAUUGUCCAUCUCCACACCUCUUAUAAUGGAAUCCCCAACAACAACUGCUUUCUAUUAGGCCUCACCAUAGUCUCCAAGCCGGUCUCCACAACACCACUAGUCUCAGUGCCUCUCUCCACAACACCACUAGCCUCAGUGCCUCUCUCCACAACACCACUAGCCUCAGUGCCUCUCUCCACAACACCACUAGCCUCAGUGCCUCUCUCCACAACACCACUAGCCUCAGUGCCUCUCUCCACAACACCACUAGCCUCAGUGCCUCUCUCCACAACACCACUAGCCUCAGUGCCUCUCUCCACAACACCACUAGUCUUAGUGCCUCUCUCCACAACACCACUAGCUUCAGUGCCUCUCUCCACAAUACCACUAGUCUUAGUGCCUCUCUCCACAACACCAUUACACUCUGAAAGUGCAGAAAAUGAAUUAUGAAGAGCAACAGACUGUGCAAAAUGCUUUUUAUCCACGACUCAGUCUACCAGAUCCUACAGUAAUCCAUCUGCCUUUCCUAGUAUGUCUCUGCGGCAGUGGCUUUGCAGCAGUUCCAGUCUGAGUUUGUUCACCAGAUAAUUUACAAAUCUCAGACUUCAAAAAUACAAUCUCCUGCCGCAAGAUAGAGAACUGUCUACAGAUUAGACAACAACCACACCUCCAAAAAGUGGAACGUGAAACAAAUGCAUAGCAAUUAUUACACUGAACUAAGUCUGCCAUUCCAAUGAGGAGAAUAAUUUAAAUCAAACGAAUCUUAACUUUUUAUUUAUCCUCCUGAAUACCUCAGAUUACCCCCAGGUUAUAUCCAGAAUAUCUCCAACUACACACUUAGAAACAGCACUCUCCAGAAUAUCUCCAACUUCACACUUAGAAACAGCACUCUCCAGAAUAUCUCCAACUACACACUUAGAAACAGCACUGCUCAGUGAGUUUACAUGUUAGAGGGAUGCACAUGUAACUUUGUGCGUGACUGCCUGUAACUGACUGUGUGUGUAACUGCCUGCAACUGUGUGUGUGUGUGGCUGUAACUAUGUGUAUGACUGUCUGCCUGUGACCAUGUGUGUGACUGUAUAUGUGACUGUCUGCCUGUAACAGUGUGCGUGACUGUGUGUAACUGCUUGUAACUAACUGUGUGUGUGUAACUCUCUACCUGUAACUGUGUGUAUGACUGCCUGUGACUAUAUGUGUGAAUGUCUGCAUGUGACUGUGUGCGUGUGACUGUCUGCCUGUAACUGUGUAUGACUGCCUGUGACUAUAUGUGUGACUGUCUGCAUGUGACUGUGUGCGUGUCACUGUCUGCCUGUAACUGUGUGUGACUCUGCCUGUAACUGUGUGUAUGACUGCCUGUGACUAUAUGUGUGACUGUCUGAAUUUGACUGUGUGCGUGUGACUGUCUGCUUGUAACUGUGUGUGACUGUCUGCCUGUAACUGUGUGUGAGGGGGUGCAGGGAUUUUGUAGAAGGGGGCAGGGGUUUUAAAAAGUUUACAAAUUUGUUCAAUACAUUUUUUUUAAAAAUGUAAAAAUUAUAACACAUUUUAAAAAUUUAGUAGGUUUUUUUUUUUGGGAGAAGGGGGGGUAGAGGGGGGCUGCCAAACCCAGAACACGCCCCAGGUGCCACAUGCCCUAGGUACGCCCCUGCAAGGGGACACUGGGAGACAUGGAGACACAGACAUUUGGUAACACUGGGAGAAAUGGGGUCACAGACACUAGGGACACAGAUACUGGGAGACAUGGGGUCACAGAUAUUUAGGGAAACUAAGACAAUAGGGACACUGAGAGCCAUGGGGACACAGACACUGGGAGACUAGGGGACACUGGGACACUAGGGACACUGGCUGGGAGGCUUUGGGACACUGGAAGACAUGGGGGCACUUGUGGACAUAGACAUGGGGACACUGAGAGACAUGGGGACACAGACAUUUGGGGACACUGGGAGACAUGGGACACUAGGGACUCAGAGACAUGGGGACAAAGACACUGGUAGACAUGGGGUCGCAUACACUAGGGACAAAGAGACAUGGGGACACAGACACUGGGAGACAUGGGGACACAGACAUUUGGGGAAACUAAGACACCAGGGACACAGAGACAUGGGAACACAGACACUGGGAGAUUCGGGGACACAGAGACAUGGGUACACUGAGACACUGACUGGGAGGCAUGGGGACACAGACACUUGUGAGCAUAGACAUGGGGACACUGGGAGACAUGGGGACACUAGGGACACAGAGACAUGGGGACACAGACACUAGGGACACUGGCUGGGAGAUAUAGGGAUACUGGGAGACAUGGGGACACUGAGACAUUGACUGGGAGACAUGGAGACACUGUGUCCCUAGUGUCUCAAUGUGUCUACCUAUGUCUCACAGCGUCCCCAUGUCUCACAGCAUCCCCAUGUCUCACAGUGUCCCCUAGUGUCUCAGUGUCCCCUAGUGUCUCAGUGUCCUCAUGUCUCCCUGCUGCCUUUUCCCCAAUACUUCACAUACCUGAGCUGUAGUCUGUCUCUGCAGGCUGGGAGCUGCUGUCUGGACUCUCUGUGAUGUGUAACUGCUCCCCCGCGGAUCAGGGAGUAGAGAGAGGCAGGGAGAUGCUGUAGCUUCAUAUCCCUGCCCCUCUCCAUACACAGUGACCCCUACUGGCCGGUGCUGGUAUUGCAGAGUAAUCUUUGUGACAGACUAUCCAGAAAUGUAAUAAUGAGCUUGGAGUGGGCAGGUAUCAGACUUUGUUACAGAAGUACAGGGGCUGGAAAGUUUGGAAAUCAGGCUGUGGAAGAAAGGUAUGUGAGGGUCAGAAUGGCCUGCAAUAAAGCUGAGGGAGGGGGAUAUGCACAAAUUUGAAAGGGUUAGACGAGGAGGACUUGAAUGGGCUGCAGACAAGAAACUGCAGUUUUUACAAGCUGUUUAAAAAAAAACAAAAACAAAAAAACCUAAUCAAUUGCAUGCAUGUUUUAAUUGGGAGGUAUAGAUGUAUAGAUACUAUAUAGUGAUUUAAAAAUAUAUAUUAUUAUUUAGGCAGUGGUGUGUUCCUUUAAAGACAUAACUGCAUAUCGUGUAGAUUAAGGAAAAUAAUAGGCACAUAUAGUUAUAAGUGUCCAUCAUAAACCUUUACUACUCUUCAUGUACUAUCUUCGCCGAAAGAGCUAUAGUCUCGCUACCGGGUUUCUAACAGAAAGUAAGUUGAGGGAUUUCAAUUAGAAGUAAAUCAUUUUCUCAGUAAGGAAUAGAGCAGUGACACAAUGUGUCUGGUUAAUAUUCUUACCACAUUGUAUCCAUAGUAAAAAAAAAGGAAUUAUAUAUAUUUAACAAUACAUUCAUUUGUCAUUUAGGAGCUGACAUCUCCCCGUCUUAUCAAGAGUCACCUCCCGUACCCAUUCCUGCCUUCGGAUCUACACAAUGGAAAUUCCAAGGUAACACUGAGCUAUCUGACGGUAAUUACCACGCUGUGAAUUAAUAUACUAUAUUUGCUUCAUAAAGUGUGUUAUUUUUGUACUUUUAGGUUAUAUAUAUGGCUCGUAACCCCAAGGACCUUGUGGUGUCUUACUAUCAGUUCCACCGCUCUUUGAGGACCAUGAGUUAUAGAGGAACCUUCCAGGAGUUUUGUAGGCGAUUCAUGAAUGACAAGUGUAAGAAUCUAAUUAUUGUAUAUGUAUGGGGUCACUGAAAAUAUCUCUGAAAUGAACUUGAACUAAUUUAAUUAAUGUGUUUAAUGAUGGUUUCAUUUUUAAUUCAUUUUUAAAUUUAAUACAAGAGGUUUGUCAGAUCUAAACGUUCCUUUUGGUUCCAUAUUUCUGAACCUGUUAUAGGGCAGAUUAUAAACACGUUAAAGGAUAUGUAAUAUGCAACCAAUUACAGAGCUCCCGACAGUCCCGAUUUCACUGGGACAAUGCCUAUUUCAGGGUCCUGUCACAAUAACCGGACUUUGUUCCCUGGAGUUUUUUUCCUGCUUUUGUGGACACCAGGGGAUUGUCCCAAGUAUUUGUAACGCAAGCACAUUGUUUUACGUGCUCACACUAUUUAAAGGCACUAGUGCCAAACAGAAUGCGCUGAAACGGCACUCUCUACAUAGUCCACCCUUAGUGGGCUGGCCAGUGUUAUUUACAGUAGCCGUCUGGUGUUCAGUCAUGCCAGCCUGUUCUGCUUGUUUUUUGGCGGGGUCAGUGAUGCGAUUCUUGUCACUGGCAGCUCCCCGUCACACUGCCCACCUGUGUCCCGUUUCAUGGAACGUCAAUUUUGUGGGUUAUGUAAUUAGCAUAAGGAGGCCAGGUGUCUUAUGGGAAACAAAAUGUCCCCAUGCCAAGACAUGUGACAUAAAUGCAAAUGUUAUUAAAGGAGAACUGUUGUAAGCAUGUUUUAUUAUAGUAUUAUUAACAGUUACAUGCCACCUUUGUGUGUAUUAUAUUGGAAUGUGUUUAUAUAAGUAAGGCAGUCAACUCCCGGCUUACAGUCCCUCUGUAUAGGUGGCCAUCUUUAAUUCCUCUUUGGUCAGAAUCACGCUAUAUCUGACCAAACAUCAUGCAGGUAAUGGAAAGCUAGUGAGCUUUAAAUGUUGACCUCAUUAGCAAGUGGAGGAUAUUUAAAAAUGCUUUCUGAGUAUAAAUCAUACAAAAUGUGCACAGUCUUUGUCAGAUAAGUGGAAUUUAUGAUUAAAGAGGUCUUAAAGAUGGCUGCCCCCUCAGAGCCCUGAAAAUAUUUAUUUUUAUUUUUAUAUAUUUACUGCAAAAUAAUACACAGUUGCUCUGUUACAUGUAAUCAAAAUAAUUGUUGCAAUAAUAAAAAAAUGACAGUUUUUCCUUUACAAACUCUUACAUAGCAAUUGCGUUUGAUAAAUAUUAUCUUCAUAAAUAGACAAUUUUUAUGCUUUGUUGAACAAUGUGAUCAGUUUGUUAGGUAAAAGGUGAACCAUAACUAUGAUUUAAUUUCUAUAACUCGGUUAAACCUGGUUUUAAUAUUUGUGUACACAGUAGGUUAUGGGUCAUGGUUUGAACAUGUCCAGGAAUUUUGGGAUCACCACUUGGAUUCCAAUGUACUUUUCCUAAAGUAUGAAGACAUGCACAAGGUGAGAACCAACCCUCAAACUACCCUGUGACUCUGUCAAUGUCAAACACGCCAUUUAGUUGGUUUUCCACCAUUUGAAAUCCCUCCUAAUUUACAUACUCACCCCUCACUCUUUAAUUCUACCACCUCAGGGCAUUUAAGGCAGGGCUUGUCUGCACCUCAAAGUACAGUAAGAAGCAGAGAGUUGAGCACAGACCAGGAGAGGGAAUAAUUAGGCAAGACGACACAAAGCAAAGUUUACAGUAAUGAAAAAAAAUUCCUUAAUGAUUAAUAUAUAUCUAUAAUUAUUUGACAAUUUAAAGAAUAGUUAUAUUUCAAACAGAUUUUAUAUAGCGAGUGCAAAGCACUUUAGAAUUUAAAGGCACACUGUAGAAACUAUAAACAUUUUAUCUAAUUGAAGUAGUUAUGGUGCCUGGAGUCCUGUGGUGUUGCUCCUUCAUUCAGCUUGAAACCAUUUUCGAGCGGUUUAACACUAAAUGAGGGUCCCUGGCCACCCAAAGUCCGGCCCCAACAAGAGGCGUGGCUAAGGCAGAGAUUACACACUUCCUUCUAGCCAUACCAAUUCAUACCAACAAUGGGCCCUGCAAUAGGCUGAAGGCGGUCAGAUGACACUCUCUGCCAAUCACAACCACUCCAUUGCUGUUCAGGCUAAUGCUUCCUCAUUAGCCCGAGCAGUAUAGAGGGGAUGGGCAGCUGAGGACUCUCUUUAAUAUAAAAAAAUUUAAAAUGGUUAAGAGUUGAAUAGAAGGAAAGAAACAAGGAACUCCAGACUUUAGAACUAGUUCAAUGAUAUGAAGUUACUGUUCCUACAGUGUCCAUUUAAGGAACACUCUGGUUACCAACAUAACCCAAAAGUUGUGGUUUUCUCCUUCCUCAAAUCUCUUCAGUUUUGUUUAAACCCCUUUCCCCUAAAAUGAAAAAAGGUUUUGAAUCUUUCUGCAGCUUUCUUACACAAAGCAACAUCUUUAUUAGAUGUGUUCUGGGUAGGGACUCAGAUUGUGUUGUUAUUAGUACUUAGUAUUUCAAAGCUAUUCUAUAUGGGGUACAAAUAAAGAGCACAGUGAUUGGCUGUGGAGUGAUUUCAGCAGCUCAGCUCCUCGGUACGUAAUGAAACUACAUAUAAUAAUGAUCUGUAUAAUGGCAUCUCUACUAUUAUUUAGAUGUCUAAUUCUUUAUUGUCAUCAGCAAUUGUCCCAUUCAUAUUUAAUCUGGGUCAGUUUAAUUAAGAUUUAUAGUCAUGUGACUAUAGAAGGUUGCAAAAGACUUUGUUACCAUAGCAGCAGAUACUGAGAUACAGAGAAACAGGCCCGGCCCUGAAUAAAUUGACUGAGAUUUUAGAUAAAAAAAAAUUACAUGGCAGGUAUAUUGAGAUUAAUUGUACACUUCACCUCAACAAUUCAAUUUAAAAAAUAGUGGAAUAAUUAAAAAUGUAUGUUCACUCAUAACUGAAUGUUAUUAAAUGUUUUACAGUAUAAUAAAUUAAUGUCUAAUAAUUGAAGAUUAUGCUAGCUUUAGUGUACCUAUAAUCUUAAUUUUAGUAAUGACAGGAGGCGAGUAUUUUGCAUUAAACUCUCUUUACUAACUCACACAGCAGUAAAGAAAAGUGAAAACAUUAACCAAUCAAAAUGCAAUAGGAAGCAUAGUAUUCACAGAGAUAAGGCUCCUCCCCCUCUUUCUAAUGCGACAUCAUGAAUACAGGUCCAAAGAGUCCAAAGUUCCAUAACAGGCGCCAACGGGCGAUAAUCCAAAAUGAAGGUUGAACAGGCGAAGUCGUCAAGGAGUCGGUCCUGAUAAUGAGCUGUAAAGCCACGGAAUUACACUGAAAGAGAACGUGACAUAGGUUAGGAACCGAUCUGGAGACUAAUUGAAUUAAAGGUAACAGCCCAUGAUUAGUUACAGUAAUAACAUAUAACUGAAAAUAACAAUAACAGAAUACCACGUAUGAGAAAAUGAUCAAGGCUAACGCCAAUAAAAGUCCAGAGUGAGCAAACACAAACAGAGACUGAAGCAUGCAGAGUCAAACAUACUUACGUGAGCCUUAUCUUCCAAGGGAGGGAUGGGCGGGAAAAUACUCGCCUCCUGUCAUUACUAAAAUUAAGAUUAUAGGUACACUAAAGCUAGCAUAAUCUUCAAUUUUACCACAUGACAGGAGGCUUCAUAUUUUGCAUUUUUAACGCUGAUGUAGGAGAGAUGAGGCUGCUCCCGAGUUCGGGCGGAAGUAAAAUGUCCGAAAGGUAGAUUCUCGCGACCAAUCCGCCGAGCGUCGGAUAUCUGUCAGAGAGGCACCCGCCGAGAAGGCCGAAGAAGCCGCCGCUCCGCGGACGGAGUGAGCUCCGAAAGUCUCGUCCACUCCUGCCAAUGAUAGAAUCCAUCUUAUCCACCUGGCGAGGGUAGUGACCGAGACUGGCACGUGUGGCCUAGCAUAAGAUACUAGCAGUUGACCCGAGGAGGAGACCCUGAGAGGGGAUGUGACCUCCACAUACCGACGUAGGGUAGCCACCACGCAGAGCUGUGGGUCAGAUGGGAAAAACGGAUAAAAGACCGACGUAGAGUCCGACUUCGUCCGACGUGAAACUCGAAAGGUAACUCCCUCUGGUGAGACCGAAAAGGCGUUGAAGUCGAAAGCACGGACGUCCGAGACCCGGCGGAACGAGACAAGGCAGAGUAGGAGCGUAAGUUUUGCCGAGAGUUGUCGUAGGGAUAGUCUGCCGUUGUCCGGCCAAUCCCUUAGGAAUUGUAGGACGACUUCGACGUCCCAUAAGCGAGAGUAUUUGGGUUGAGGGGGUCUCUGCAACCGAACGCCCCUCAGGAGUCUGCAGACCAUGGGGUCUUUGCCUACAGGGAUUCCCAUAACCGGGUCGUGCGCCGCCGAAAUCGCGGAUCGGACAACGUUGAGAGAGCGAUAAGACCGGCCCACGGAAAAAAGAAAGGAAAGAAAAUUCAAAAUGGCCGUCACAGGGGCAGUAAAGGGAUCGAUGUUCCGUUCACUGCACCAAGAGGACCAGGAAGACCAAGCUGAUAGGUAACAUCGCCUGGUACCUGGAGCCCAUGAGUCCCAAAUGAGAUCUCUAGCUGCCUGCGAUAACUCGCUGGUUUGCCAGGCACCCCUGAAAGAGUCCAAGCCACUAACACGAGACGGUCUUCCAGAACGAGAGGAUGAGGGUUGUCUUUCGGGUCCGUGAGGAGUGUUGGAUAGGAUGGUAUGAGGAGCGGAUCCAUGAAGGACGAUGCCAGGAGGUCCGGGAACCAGGGUUGGCUCUGCCAUAGGGGAGCUAUGAGGAGAAGAGACCCUCGUUGGGUCUUCAGGUACUGAAUCGUCCUUGCUAUCAUGGCGAACGGGGGAAAGGCGUAGGCUCCUCUGGGCGGCCAUGGUUGGAGGAAUGCGUCCACCGCCAUGCUCUCUGGGUCCGGGAGCCAGCUGAAGUAGUUGGGCGUCUGCUUGUUGGUGCGUGACGCAAACAGAUCCAGGUGAAGGGGACCCCUCCUGCGCGAUAGACACUGGAAGAUCUGCGGGUCCAGUCUCCAGUCGCUGCUGUCUCGCCAGUGGUGUGAGAACCAAUCUGCAGUCAGGUUCGUCUCUCCCGUGAGAUACUCUGCGAUGAGGGAGAUGUUGCGUGGUAGGCAGAAGUCGAAGAUCCGUUUCGUUAUUUCCGAGAGGAGUCGGGAUCGUGCACCUCCCAAGCUGUUGAUGUAGCGGACCGCAGAUAUGUUGUCCAUCCGGAGGAGAAUGCAACAGUUCGACUUGUUUCCUGUUAGGCUGCGGAUCGCGAACGAACCGGCCAGGAGUUCCAGACAAUUUAUGUGGAGGUUGAGGUCUUGGAAGCUCCAAGCACCUCCUGUCGACCUGCCUUUGCAAGUCGCGCCCCAGCCCCAGAGGCUCGCGUCUGAUUCCAGGACUGUGUCGGGUGAACUCCCGAAAAUGGCACGCCCGUUCCAUGCCUCCAUGCUGUCCAACCACCAGCUGAGUUCUUGUUUGACUUCCUCCGUCACUGGGAUGGUCUGAUCGUAGGAAGGGUUCUGGCGAAGGAAGGACGUCUUCAGGCGCUGCAUCGCUCUGUAGUGGAGCGGACCCGGGAAAAUUGCCUGGAUGGAAGCGGAUAGUAGGCCUACAAUUCGCGCCAAGGUGCGGAGUGGAAUGGAGUGGCAACGGAGGACCCGGCGGAGUUCCUUCUUGAUGGCUGUGAUUUUUGAAGUUGGCAGCCGUAGCGUGCUGGACGUGGAGUCUAUCUCGAAGCCCAAGAAUUGUAUGGUCUGGGCUGGAGAGAUUGCCGACUUCUGGUGAUUCACCACAAAUCCCAGGGACGUUAGGAAUCGGAUGGCAUAUUGCGUGUGUAGAGUCAGUCUGGAUUUGUCUGAGCAAAAGAGAAGCAGGUCGUCCAGGUAGAUAAUGCAACGAAUGCCUUGUGCUCGUAGAUGUGCAACUACCGGUUUUAGCAGCUUGGUGAAGCACCAUGGGGCUGAGCUGAGGCCGAAUGGAAGGCAUGUGAACUGCCACGGAAGGCCGUUCCAAUGAAACCUGAGGAACUGUCGGCAUGAGACGUGGACGGGUACUGACAAGUACGCGUCCUUGAGGUCCAAUCUCGUGAACCAGUCCCCGUCUUGAAGGAGGUCUCUUAGAAGGUGGAUGCCUUCCAUUUUGAAAUGUCGGUACAUCACGUAUGCGUUUAGCUGCCUUAGAUUUAUGACUGGUCUGAAUUCUCCCGUUUUCUUUUUGACCAGGAAGAUAUUGCUGAAGAAACCCCCUCCGUUUGGAGCGGAUUCGAUCGCCCCUUUCCUUCGGAGGUCCUGCAGUUCGCCGUCGAUGAGUCGGCGGUCCUCCGCUGAGCAUCGUGUAGCGUGUGGGGAAAUAGUCUGGCGCGGGAUGUCCACGAAAUCGAUGAUGUAUCCUCGCACCGUCUGGUGGAUCCAAGCGUCCGUGGAGAUGGUGGUCCAGGUCUGAAAAUAUAGAGCGAUACGACCAGCAGUACGAGGGGAAAAUGUUACGGGAUUCAAAAGGCUGCUUACUUGUGGGGAAGCGUGCUCUGCCACGACCACGUGGUCCUCUGCCUCGGUCGGCUCCUCUGGUAUAGGAGAAGGGUUGUCUGAAGCCAACUUCUGGGUAGAAGGGCUGAGGUCUGUGGGAACGGGCGCCUGUGGGCCAGAAGCGGCUGGCAGCACGGCCCCUAUGGCGGCCAGCCCGUCCAAAAACACCCCGACUGGGGUAGCCCCUGAAGACUCGCUUCAUUGAAGACUGAGCUUUAUUCAGGGAUGUGAAUAUGUUAACGUGCUUGUUGAGUUCUUUCAAGAAAGCUUCACCAAACAACUUGCCCUGUGCCAGCGGUCCUAACUCCUUGGUGCCCAAUUCCACCAGCUUACCGUCAAUGCGGAGCAAUGCUGCUUUACGCCUCUCAGAGGAGAGGGCAACGUUGGUGUUACCAACAAAACAGAAGCACCUGUGUGCCCAUUCCCUUAUAUCAUGAGCCCAUUCUUUUACCAUGCUGGUAUCAAACUGGUCAGCUCGUUGAAAGACGUCAUCCGCCAAAUACAUGAUGCGGGCAAGUGGGCCAAUGGAGUCCAGCAACUUGUCCUGGACUCCGUGGAAUCCUUUUUCCACGCCUCUUCGGGGGUCACGGCUGCCUCGAGACAUGAAUGUGGUCAUGACCUGGUCGAAUUCGGGUGUCUGAGCCACAUGAUCGGGGAGUGAAGGGCGAGGACAUUCGGAGCGAAGGCGGUUGCGCACCGUCUUGUCCAGUGGUUUGCGGAGCCACCGGUGCAUAAACUUGGAGAGGUGAUCGGGCGGAGUCCAGUCCGCCGAGCGUGGGUGUCGUAUAUUACGAGGGUCAAAGAGGCGUUGUCCAGUAGGGUCCAGGAUGGCCUCCCCUUCUUCCUGGGCAGAUGCGAGGUCAUCUGGUAGUUGUAUGUCAUCCAGGAACGUGCCUCGUAAGAAACCGGUAUGGGAUCCGGUGUCCGAGCCCCACUCGUCGUCAUGUGAGUCGGAAUCCGCAGCCUUCCACUCGUCCAGUAUAGCCAAGGAGUGCGAGUGGUCUUCCCCCUCAUCCGAGGAGUAACCGUGGUGAGGGGCGGGGCAGGUCGGGUUAGCUUAUGGCGUUUAGUUGGAGCCUUGCCUUUGCCCGGGACAACAGCCCCCUUUUCGCCCUUCCAGUGGCGAUUAGUAGGCCGCGGGUCGGCUUGUGUCUGUGAUUCAGAAGCCUCAGAAUCAUAGUCAUGGGGUGUGGCUUUAGUGGAAGACCUGGUGAGAUCGGCUGAUGCCGUCAUGACCCUGGAAAGUGCUUUCUCCAUAGAUGCGGAGAUGGCCUCAGAAAUCAUAGUCUGAAAAUCUGCCGGGUUUUCGGAAGAUUCCAUGGUGUUUAGGAGUAGGACCGAAUAGGUAGUCUUGUGGCACAGGGUGUACGUAGGGCUAGGGGUCAGGCAGCGGUGUUGCACACAGGCAAUUAUGGUAUCAGUGAUACCUAUAGAACCCCAGCAGGGUAUAAGUAUAUAAAUUAAAUCUGUAGGAACCCCAGCAGGGUGGACAUGUACAGAUCAAGUAUGUGGUAUAAGAAUACCAGCUUCCCCAGCAGGGUAGAUUGGGAUUUUUUUCACUGGGCUACACCCAGGUAUGUGUAUGUAUGAGGAUGGCACAAAAUCCACCUAUUACAGGGCUCAAACUGACAAUACACAUAUAGGUGGCACAAAAUCCACCUAAAGCAGCAAUACUGAAAGGGCCUCACCCAGUUAAAUAUAUAUAUACAGGAAGGUGGCACAGAAUCCACCUAAUAUAAAAGAAAUGAUAGUGGUCCGCCACUGUAUGGGACUGACAGUCCUUAAGGGAGGUUAGGUAGCCAGAAAACUAACCUGCUGCCCCUGCCUGAAUAGUGUGUGGCAAUAUCGUGGUCGGGAGCCAAAAUAACGAAGACCGCGGGUCUCCCAAGAUGGCGGCCGGAACUCUCACGAGACGCGAGAUCCAAUAUGGCCGCCGGAGAGACGGGAAAGGGGUUUCCCGCCGUGCCGGCCAGUGAUUGCGGCUGAGAGGCCGCGAGGAGAACGGUGAGAGUGGAGGGUGAGCGUUACCCUCAAGGACAAAAACCAACGAUCCGAUCUCAGGGAAGUGAGGUCGGAGAGUGUCACGAAAGGGCAAAUGGAAAGAUAAUAAUAACAAUAAGGAGAAUAAAAUACAAUAGGCAAAUAGAAUAAAUAUAAAUGUAGGUCAGAGGAAAGAUGGCAGAAUACAAAUAUAAGUCCCUGAGGGCAGGGAGGGAAAGCAGCAGGGAAGAAUCCCUGGGAGGAGAUAGUACAAAGUAAAAGGGGGGAACAGAAAGUCCUAAGAUAGAUAUGGAAGAAAAAACCCCAUAAAUAAACAUCCAUAGAUAAUGAGAAAUCAUAAAGGUAACAUAAUACAAUACAAUUAGGGAAGAGCCAAAAACUCUGACCUGUCUGCUGAUGGAGCAGUAAAAAAAGAGGGGGAGGAGCCUUAUCUCUGUGAAUACUAUGCUUCCUAUUGCAUUUUGAUUGGUUAAUGUUUUCACUUUUCUUUACUGCUGUGUGAGUUAGUAAAGAGAGUUUAAUGCAAAAUAUGAAGCCUCCUGUCAUGUGGUAAAAUUCCUCUACACAAACCCGUCUUUCCUAUAAAGUAUUCAGUAGGCCAUUUCAUGACUUCCUAUUGGAAUAUUCAGAGACCUUUUCUUUCAGGAUCUCGGAACGAUGGUGGAGCAGUUGGUGAGAUUUCUAGGAGUGUCAUAUGACAAGGCACAGUUGGAGUCCACAGUGGAACACUGCCACCAACUGAUUGACCAGUGCUGCAAUGCAGAGGCACUUCAUGUGGGUCGAGGUACAUAAAGUAUCAUUUGUCCUCUUGUAUCUAUUGAAUAUCAUUAGUUCGUACCAUUAUUACAGGAGUGUACCCCCAUACAGGAUCCCACGGGACUCCAGACAGGUUACUAAUUUGGCCACUUUCCUUGAUUCUACACAUAGAGAUGAGUACUGGGGCUGUGAUGAAAUGCCACUGGGGAUGUAGGUCUACCAGCGAAGACCAUUAGAAAAACCAGGGGUCAAGCUACAGCUACCCCAGCUGGGUUCUCCCAUCUCCCAGGAAGGUAUUGUCCCCUCUGCCCACUCCUCCAUCCCCCAGGCAGGUAUCGUCCCCUCUGUCCGUGCUUCCAUCCCCCAGGCAGGUAUCGUCCCGGCGUGCUCCUUCAUCUCCAAAGCAGGUAUCGUCCCCUCUGCCCGUGCCUCCAUCUCCCAGGCAGAUAUCGUCCCCUCUGUCUAUGCCUCCAUCUCCAAGCACAUAUCGUCCCCUCUGCCCGCUCCUCCAUCUCCCAUGCAGGUGUUGUCCCCAUCUCCUCUGCCUGUGCGUCUGUCUCCCAGGCAGGUGUUGUCCCCUCUGCCCACUCCUUCAUUUACCAGACAGGUAUUGAACCCUCUGUCCAUGCCUCCAUCUCCCAGGCAGGUAUCUAUCUCUCUGCCCGUACCUCCAUCUCCCAGGCAGGUAUCGAUCUCUCUGCCCGUACCUCCAUCUCCCAGGCAGGUAUCGUCCCCUCUGCUUGCUCCUCCAUCUCCUAGGCAGGUAUCGUCCCCUCUGCUUGCUCAUUUAUCUCCCAGGCAGGUAUCAUCCCCUCUGCCCGCUCCUCCAACUCCCAGGCAGGUAUCGUCCCCUCUGUCCGCUCCUCCAACUCCCAGGCAGGUAUCGUCCCCUCUGUCCAUGCCUCCAUCUCCCAGGCAGGUAUCGUCCCCUCUGCCCAUGCCUUCAUCUCCCAGGCAGAUAUCGUCCCCUCUGCCUGUGCCUCCAUCUCCCAGGCAGGUGUUAACCCCUGUGCCCGCUCCUCCAUCUCCCAGGCAGGAAUCAUUCCUUCUGCCCGUGUGUCUGUCUCCCAGACAGGUGUUGUCCCCUCUGCUUGCUCCUUCGUCUGCCAGGCAGGUAUCGUCCCCUCUGCUUGCUCCUCCAUCUUCCAGGCAGGUGUCGUCCCCUCUGCCCACUCUUCCAUCUCCCAGGCAGCUAUCAAUCCCUCUGCCUGUCCAUCUCCAUCCAACUCCCAGGCAGGUAUCGUCCCCUCUGUCCAUGCCUCCAUCUCCCCAGGUAUCGCUCCAUGUUAUCGUCCCCUCUGCCUGCCUCCAUCUCCCAGGCAGGUGUUAACCCCUGUGCCCGCUCCUCCAUCUCCCAGGCAGGAAUCAUUCCUUCUGCCCGUGUGUCUGUCUCCCAGACAGGUGUUGUCCCCUCUGCUUGCUCCUUCGUCUGCCAGGCAGGUAUCGUCCCCUCUGCUUGCUCCUCCAUCUUCCAGGCAGGUGUCGUCCCCUCUGCCCACUCUUCCAUCUCCCAGGCAGCUAUCAAUCCCUCUGCCUGUAUCUCCAUCUCCCAGGCAGUUAUCGCCUCCUCUGCCCGCUCCUCCAUCUCCCAGACAGGUGUCGUCCCCUCUGCCCACUCCUCCAUCUCACAGGCAGGUAUCAAUCCCUCUGUCCCUACCUCCAUCUCCCAAUAUUUCCCCGGGACCAUGGUCUUAUGCAGCCAACAAGCAGGUCUGAAAACUCUGUUACUGGAUCCCUCAACAAACCAAACAGCACACACAGUUCCCAAAGAAACUAACACACAUUGCUUUAAUUACACUCAGGACUAGCCCCUAUCCGCAUUACAUUGCACUUAUUGUGACACACUCAAUCCCCUACAUACAACAUAAUUAUAUGGGGAAUCAUACAGGCACUCAUAACAUAAUAUGAUACUUAUAAAGAGGUGGGGAAGACAAUAUCUAACAAGAAAUAUGUCCCCAGCUUGCAUAAGCCAGAAUAUGUAAAUUUACUGGAAUAUGCAAAUUACCCAGCCUUGCUAUUCAUUUAGUGCACGUAACUGUUGCAACCAACAGGUGGCACUGCACAUAGUUGUUGAAGGCUCAUUUUCAACCAGCAAGUGGCCCUGCACAGGGCAGACAGGAGAUUACACGAGAAACCAAGAGGGCUGAGCUCACCUGAUACAUUAUAAGGGUGCUGCUGGGCCAAUUUAUACAACAACCAACAUCCAGUGCACUCACUCAAUCACUAAACAGCUACUUGGUUUUGCCUAAACAUGGUGUUUAAAUUUAAUUUUUUUUAAACGAUUAAAAUCUGUGAGCUUGAAGUUUCUGUUUAGUAAAUGAGUGAGUAUGCUGGACCUUGUAUGUUAUAGGAGAUUGCACAAGACAUUCCCCAAACUACAUUACAAUACACAGCCCCUGGUCGGGCCCCUGGCAGCCACCUAAGGCCAUGUUAUGGUUAAUCCUGUUCUGUCCACUGUUAGCCCAGCUUGAGCGAGCAGAACGAUGUGUCCAAAUGUGUCCAAUAAAUGUCAGUCUGUGAUGUCAUAAAAUGUUUUCUAAAGUAGUAAUGAGGAAGCAGCCAACAGAUCCUCAGUCACAGAUCUCCCAGCUUUCCGAGAAUUGACCUUUGGACCACCAUGGACAAUUAUAGACCAAUGUAUCCACCAUUUACACCACAACGUAAAUCAAUGGGAAUUUUUAAUGUUCAAAUAGAGAAAGUAAGAAUAAAAAGCCAAUUAUGAGCUGCCUGUAGUGUUUUCUCACGCGGGGCCUGAAUCUGAUCUCAGUAAGAGCCCGGAGAUAGAGGUGCUGCCAUGGCCACGCUGGGUGUAACUGUGCGCCUGUCUGUACACGUAAACAGCAGGUGUAAUGCAGACAGAAUGAUCUCACCUGUUUGUAUUGGGUCCAGUCUGACUGCUCUGUAAUAAAUGAUGAGCACCCAGUAGGUGAAGGUGCACCGUUCCCAGUAAGAUUGCCACAUCAUGUUUAAAUGCAGACACCUAUGUGUCUGUGUCAGGGCUGUAUUAGUUAAAGUAUCCAGGCUCCUACGUUCAAUACUGAUUUGACCCCAUUAGUAUCUAGUGUGGGGUGCAGCCUUGGUUUAUGUAUUUAUUUGAUUUUAUACCUUUUAUUCCUUCACAACUCUAUGCACCGUGUAAAGGUGGAUUAUACAAACAAAAAGUGUGUGUACAAGAUUUAUUUCAGGGAUUGUUAUAAACACAAUUUUAUAAAGAGCUAUACAGGUAAUGUCUGUCCUCAUGUUAAACCCAUUAAUGCCAAAAAAAGGUAUCAGUGUGCAAACUCCAUUACCUCAAUUUCCUAAUUUGGGUUUCAAUUCACCACAAUUUGGUGUUUAGUGAAUAGACCCCAAUGUAUAUUGAGAUGUUAGAAUAUAAAUCUGUGCGAUAAGUAAAUGAAAUUAGCACUUUGUAGCAUUAAAACUGACAUUUAGUACCUAUAUAUAUUUAUUUUUUAUAUAAUUUUCAAAUUUUUCAUUUGUUACUUCAAAAUAACAGGCGUAAAUCUGUUUCACAUCUCUUUAAGUCGCUAGUCGUCCUAUAUUAUAUAUUCCUCGAAGGUAAAUGACACAAACAGCUGUGCAUGUACUAAAUGACCGAAUAUCCAGCAAUCUAAGAGCUGUGACAGCAUGGUGGAAUAGACACCUAGCAGUAAUCUAAACACAGCAUGGCAGAGGUAACACACAACGCUGUGCACGUAGUAAAAUAUUAUCAUCAAAUUAAUAACAUUUCACAAUGCAAAGAUUGAGGUAGGGCUGAGAUAGAACCCUUUUAAUAUAAUUGUGUGGUAUGAUAUAUCACACUCCUAUACUUAAAAAAAAACCAAAAAGAGAAUAUCAACUUAAAAAUACAGAAUAAUCAACUGAGUUUUUUUAUGUGUUUUUAUUCAAGGCUGACAUUCUUGUUUAAAAUAUGUUAUUGAUUUGUUGUGCAUUUUUCCAUGUGUUUUUUUUUUUUAUUAUGUUUUUUUUUUAAUGAUUAUAUUUUUUAUGUUGUCUAUUUUUAUUUAUUUUGGUUUUUUCAGUUUCAUCUUUUGUUUCCUUUUAGUACAUUGGUUGUUUUCAUUCAGAGCAAGCGCUCAGACAGGUGACUGACAUGUAAUGCAUGACUCUCAGUGACAGGAACGCCAGGUGCCAGGUGGGUGUCUGUUCUAAGGAUGCUAAUUCUGCUCCUCCUAUUAGAACAAGGAAUUUAGGCUGUCGAAGGGGGAUGCUCUAUCUAUAUUUUAAGUAUUGUAUUCAAUUUAGAUGUUUGGAUGACGAGGGUUGGGUGGCAGUCUAUCCAUAUUGGAGAUAUUAUGGAAGUUCUAGGUAAUGGAUGAGGAGGGGUGGAUGGCAGUCUAUCCAUAUUGGAGAUAUUAUGGAAGUUCUAGGUAAUGGAUGAGGAGGGGUGGAUGGCAGUCUAUCCAUAUUGGAGAUAUUAUGGAAGUUCUAGGUAAUGGAUGAGGAGGGGUGGAUGACAGUCUAUCCAUAUUGGAGAUAUUAUGGAAGUUCUAGGUAAUGGAUGAGGAGGGGUGGAUGGCAGUCUAUCCAUAUUGGAGAUAUUAUGGAAGUUCUAGGUAAUGGAUGAGGAGGGGUGGAUGGCAGUCUAUCCAUAUUGGAGAUAUUAUGGAAGUUCUAGGUAAUGGAUGAGGAGGGGUGGAUGGCAGUCUAUCCAUACUGGAGAUAUUAUGGAAGUUCUAGGUAAUGGAUGAGGAGGGGUGGAUGACAGUCUAUCCAUAUUGGAGAUAUUAUGGAAGUUCUAGGUAAUGGGUGAGGGGUAGAUGGCAGUAUCCAUAUUGGAGAUAUUAUGGAAGUUCUAGGUAAUGGGUGAGGGGUGGAUGGCAGUAUCCAUAUUGGAGAUAUUAAGGAAGUUCUAGGUAAUGGGUGAGGGGUGGAUGGCAGUAUCCAUAUUGGAGAUAUUAUGGAAGUUCUAGGUAAUGGGUGAGGGGUGGAUGGCAGUCUAUCCAUACUGGAGAUAUUAUGGAAGUUCUAGGUAAUGGGUGAGGGGUGGAUGGCAGUAUCCAUAUUGGAGAUAUUAUGGAAGUUCUAGGUAAUGGAUGGUCGAUGGCAGUCUAUCCAUAUUGGAGAUAUUAUGGAAGUUCUAGGUAAUGGAUGAGGAGGGGUGGAUGGCAGUCUAUCCAUACUGGAGAUAUUAUGGAAGUUCUAGGUAAUGGAUGAGGAGGGGUGGAGGGCAGUCUAUCCAUACUGGAGAUAUUAUGGAAGUUCUAGGUAAUGGGUGAGGGGUAGAUGGCAGUAUCCAUAUUGGAGAUAUUAUGGAAGUUCUAGGUAAUGGGUGAGGAGGGGUGGAUGGCAGUCUAUCCAUACUGGAGAUAUUAUGGAAGUUCUAGGUAAUGGAUGAGGAGGGGUGGAUGACAGUCUAUCCAUAUUGGAGAUAUUAUGGAAGUUCUAGGUAAUGGAUGAGGAGGGGUGGAUGGCAGUCUAUCCAUAUUGGAGAUAUUAUGGAAGUUCUAGGUAAUGGAUGAGGAGGGGUGGAUGGCAGUCUAUCCAUAUUGGAGAUAUUAUGGAAGUUCUAGGUAAUGGAUGAGGAGGGGUGGAUGGCAGUCUAUCCAUACUGGAGAUAUUAUGGAAGUUCUAGGUAAUGGAUGAGGAGGGGUGGAUGACAGUCUAUCCAUAUUGGAGAUAUUAUGGAAGUUCUAGGUAAUGGGUGAGGGGUAGAUGGCAGUAUCCAUAUUGGAGAUAUUAUGGAAGUUCUAGGUAAUGGGUGAGGGGUGGAUGGCAGUAUCCAUAUUGGAGAUAUUAAGGAGUUCUAGGUAAUGGGUGAGGGGUGGAUGGCAGUAUCCAUAUUGGAGAUAUUAUGGAAGUUCUAGGUGAUGGGUGAGGGGUGGAUGGCAGUCUAUCCAUACUGGAGAUAUUAUGGAAGUUCUAGGUAAUGGGUGAGGGGUGGAUGGCAGUAUCCAUAUUGGAGAUAUUAUGGAAGUUCUAGGUAAUGGAUGGUCGAUGGCAGUCUAUCCAUAUUGGAGAUAUUAUGGAAGUUCUAGGUAAUGGAUGAGGAGGGGUGGAUGGCAGUCUAUCCAUACUGGAGAUAUUAUGGAAGUUCUAGGUAAUGGAUGAGGAGGGGUGGAUGGCAGUCUAUCCAUACUGGAGAUAUUAUGGAAGUUCUAGGUAAUGGAUGAGGAGGGGUGGAUGGCAGUCUAUCCAUAGUGGAGAUAUUAUGGAAGUUCUAGGUAAUGGGUGAGGGGUGGAUGGCAGUAUCCAUCCUGGAGAUAUUAUGGAAGUUCUAGGUAAUGGGUGAGGGGUGGAUGGCAGUAUCCAUAUUGGAGAUAUUAUGGAAGUUCUAGGUAAUGGUGAGGGGUGGAUGGCAGCACCAUAUUGGAGAUAUUAUGGAAGUUCUGAGGUAAUGGGUGAGGGGUGGAUGGCAGCAUCCACAUUGGAGAUAUUAUGGAAGUUCUAGGUAAUGUAAGUGAGGGGUGGAUUAAAAUUCAUCCAUACUGAGAUAUUAUGGAAAGCCCAGGGUAAUGGGUGAGGGUGGAUGGCAGCUAUCCAUAUUGGAGAUAUUAUGGAAGUUCUAGGUAAUGGAUGGUGGAUGGCAGUCUAUCCAUAUUGGAGAUAUUAUGGAAGUUCUAGGUAAUGGAUGAGGAGGGGUGGAUGGGAGUCUAUCCAUACUGGAGAUAUUAUGGAAGUUCUAGGUAAUGGAUGAGGAGGGGUGGAGGGCAGUCUAUCCAUACUGGAGAUAUUAUGGAAGUUCUAGGUAAUGGAUGAGGAGGGGUGGAUGGCAGUCUAUCCAAAGUGGAGAUAUUAUGGAAGUUCUAGGUAAUGGGUGAGGGGUGGAUGGCAGUAUCCAUAUUGGAGAUAUUAUGGAAGUUCUAGGUAAUGGGUGAGGGGUGGAUGGCAGUAUCCAUAUUGGAGAUAUUAUGGAAUUUCUACGUAAUGGGUGAGGGGUGGAUGGCAGUAUCCAUAUUGGAGAUAUUAUGGAAGUUCUAGGUAGUGGAUGGCAGUCUAUCCAUAUUGGAGAUAUUAUGGAAGUUAUAGGUAAUGGAUGAGGAGGGGUGGAUGGCAGUCUAUCCAUACUGGAGAUAUUAUGGAAGUUCUAGGUAAUAGGUGAGGGGUGGAUGGCAGUAUCCAUAUUGGAGAUAUUAUGGAAGUUCUAGGUAAUGGGUGAGGGGUGGAUGGCAGUAUCCAUAUUGGAGAUAUUAUGGAAGUUCUACGUAAUGGGUGAGGGGUGGAUGGCAGUAUCCAUAUUAUGGAAGUUCUAGGUAAUGGAUGGUGGAUGGCAGUCUAUCCAUAUUGGAGAUAUUAUGGAAGUUCUAGGUAAUGGAUGAGGAGGGGUGGAGGGCAAUCUAUCCAUACUGGAGAUAUUAUGGAAGUUCUAGGUAAUGGAUGGUGGAUGGCAGUCUAUCCAUACUGGAGAUAUUAUGGAAGUUCUACGUAAUGGGUGAGGGGUGGAUGGCAGUAUCCAUAUUGGAGAUAUUAUGGAAGUUCUAGGUAGUGGAUGGCAGUCUAUCCAUAUUGGAGAUAUUAUGGAAGUUAUAGGUAAUGGAUGAGGAGGGGUGGAUGGCAGUCUAUCCAUACUGGAGAUAUUAUGGAAGUUCUAGGUAAUAGGUGAGGGGUGGAUGGCAGUAUCCAUAUUGGAGAUAUUAUGGAAGUUCUAGGUAAUGGGUGAGGGGUGGAUGGCAGUAUCCAUAUUGGAGAUAUUAUGGAAGUUCUACGUAAUGGGUGAGGGGUGGAUGGCAGUAUCCAUAUUGGAGAUAUUAUGGAAGUUCUAGGUAAUGGAUGGUGGAUGGCAGUCUAUCCAUAUUGGAGAUAUUAUGGAAGUUCUAGGUAAUGGAUGAGGAGGGGUGGAGGGCAAUCUAUCCAUACUGGAGAUAUUAUGGAAGUUCUAGGUAAUGGAUGGUGGAUGGCAGUCUAUCCAUACUGGAGAUAUUAUGGAAGUUCUAGGUAAUGGGUGAGGGGUGGAUGGCAGUAUCCAUAUUGGAGAUAUUAUGGAAGUUCUAGGUAAUGGGUGAGGGGUGGAUGGCAGUAUCCAUAUUGGAGAUAUUAUGGAAGUUAUACGUAAUGGGUGAGGGGUGAAUGGCAGUAUCCAUAUUGGAGAUAUUAUGGAAGUUCUAGGUAAUGGAUGGUGGAUGGCAGUCUAUCCAUAUUGGAGAUAUUAUGGAAGUUCUAGGUAAUGGAUGAGGAGGGGUGGAUGGCAGUCUAUCCAUACUGGAGAUAUUAGGGAAGUUCUAGGUAAUGGAUGAGGAGGGGUGGAGGGCAGUCUAUCCAUACUGGAGAUAUUAUGGAAGUUCUAGGUAAUGGGUGAGGGGUGGAUGGCAGUAUCCAUAUUGGAGAUAUUAUGGAAGUUCUAGGUAAUGGAUGGUGGAUGGCAGUCUAUCCAUAUUGGAGAUAUUAUGGAAGUUCUAGGUAAUGGAAAUUUUACAGAAGUUGUCGCUGGAAUGUUAAAGUAGAUUGGGCAGCAUUAUACAUUUUCCAGAUAUGAUGGAUGUUUUGGCAGCACUCUCACUGUGUUUGAGAUAUGGGAGUAUAGCGAGGGUUGGGUGGCACUUUAUGCAUAUUUCAGAUAUUCCAAGUUCUGGUUGGUGUGAGCAGAUGGUCAAGGCAGCAUUCAAUCCUUAUUUGAAUUAUCAUAAAACUUGGCAUAUCUGCCCCAUAUUUCUAUAGAGACAGAAUUUAGUAGUGUAUUUUCAUGUGAUAAACUAGACUUUAUUAGAAAAGCAAUUGAUGCUGCAUUAAGGUAGGUCCCAUAGUCUGUGCUAGAGCUCGCCCGAUAGAAUUUUUCAACUAAACAUUACUAUUUGUAUAUCCCCAUCAUCCUCUCUCCAUUCCAUAGCGAUCUGUAAGAUUUCAUACGUGUUUGCAAUAAAGAGUAUCUUGUCCAUGUUUAACACGUUGUUGGUUUUUCUAAUCUGGGAUUCGUUAGUAUAACUCUUUAUUACACACAAACCCCCUUCCCAGGGCCAGAUUAAGAGCCCAGUGGGCCUGGUGCUGACAAUUAUGACGGGCCUAAUUACAGAAUCAUAUCAACCAAAAACAGUAAAACACUCCCAGGCGUCAUGUAUCUGAUGGAGAUGGUGCUGGAGAGAAAGAAAACAGCAGCUAUAAGAAAACACAUACCCUAGGCUAAUCUCUCUCUAAUUUAUGUUUUCAUCUUUCAAGUAAAUCCAUAACCCCUAACAGCAGUGUCCAGUCAGGCAUGAAGUCAAUGGGCAUGGUAAAAGGGUGUGCCACUGACACAAAUCACGUAACCUGCCAAAAGGGGCGAACAUGCCCAAAAAGAGGACAUGUCUGCCCAAAGAAUUAGAAGGCCAGCCUGACAUGAAUGCAUGCCAGGCUGCCUGCCAAUCAUGCAGCUCGCCAACUAAGGGCAUACUAUGCAGACAGCACCCUGAGCUUGGCAUAAAUGCAUCUAAUGAUGCGCUCACUCAACGCUUUAUAAGGACUGUUCCCUAGCACUCGCUGGUCCACUUGUCUCCUUACCUUCUUAUUAGCAGGCAGAAGCUCCUGGUAUAUGGUCUGGGACAGAGAAAAGCUGUAUGUAGUGAGUGUAGAAGAAAGGGAACAUGCCACAGUGUUAGAGAGACCAAAGUCAGCAUUACCUUAAAGGAUCACAAGAGGGUCAGGAUCACAAACAUGAAUUCAUGACCCUAUAGUAUUAACACCACCAUCUAGCCCCCCUGGGCCCCUCAUGCCUCCAUACAUAUAGCAAAAUCUUACUAUAUUCAAGCCUGAAGCUGUAACUCUGCAUGCUGUUAGACUCAUAAAAACAAGCAGUCUGCUGACAUCAUUAGAAGUGGUGGCCUGAUCCAAUCACAGUGCUUCCCCAUAGGAUUGGCUGAGACUGACAAAGAGGCAGAUCAGGGUCAGAGCCAGCAUGAUUCAAACACAGCCCUGGCCAAUCAGCAUCUCCUUAUAGAGAUGAAUUGAAUUAAAGAAUCUCUAUGAGGAAAGUUCAGUGUCUGCAUGCAGAGGGUGGGGACACUGAAUGUUUGGAUGCAUUUUAGGCAGCCAUGACCCAGGAAGGAUCUCUAACAGUCAUCUAAGGAGUAGUCAGUGAAGUUAUCACUAGGCUGUAAUGUAAAGACUGCAUUUUCUCUGAAAAGACAGUGUUUACAGCAAAAAGCCUGACGGUAAUGAUUCUACUCACAAGAACAAAUUCAAUAAGCUGUAGUUGUUCUGGUGACUAUAGUGUCCCUUUAACUAUAUUCAUUGUCAGCCAGUCCACACAAGUUUUGUUCCCAUACAUCCCUCUUAAGUUUCCAUACUUAAGUAAGAGUAUGUAAAAAGUAGUUAGGGUUGCCACCUUUCUUGGAAAAACAUACCUGCCUUACUAAUUUGCAUAAUUAAAUAUGUAUGGGUGACAUCACAUGAUGUAAAUCACAAAGAGUGACAUAAGAGAAAAUUCUGUAAAAUCACCAAAAAAUGACUUAGUUUGAUUCUGCUGUAUAGAUGGAUUCCUCCCAGUGCCCCCAUGUCUCCCAGUGCCCCCAUGUGUCGAUUACUCCAAGUCUCAGUGUUCCUAUGUAUCAGUGUCUCAGUGCCCCAUGUCUCCCAGUGUCCCCUAGUGUCGUGUCCCCGGGUCUUCCAGUGAUCCUAUGUAUCACAGUGUCUCAAUGCCCCAUGUCUCCCUGUGUCCCCAUGUAUCCCAGGGUCCCCAUGUCACUAGGACACUAGAAAGACAGGGAGAUCUGGUGACACGGGGAGACACCAGUGACACUGGGAGACUAGGGGACUCUGGCUGGGACACAUGGGGACAAUGGGAAAAUAGGAGACACUUGAAGACAUGGGGACACAGACACCAGGGACACAGACACUAGAGACACUGGCUGGGGGACAUGGGGACAUUGAGACAUGGGGGCACUGGGAGACAUGGGGACACCAAGACACCAGGGCCACAGACACUAGGGACACUAGCUUGGAGACAUGGGGACAUUGUGACACUUGAGGCACUGAGAGACAUGGAGGCACUAGGAGACAUGGGAACAGUGAGACACUGGCAGACUGGGGGCACUAGGAGACUAGGGGUCACUGAGACACCAGGGACACUGGCUGGGAGACAUGGGGACACUGUGUCCCCAUGUGUCUGUUUCAUAAUGUCUCCCAAUGUCCCUUAGUGUCUCAGUGAAUGUCUCCUUGCAGCCUUUCCCCCCAUCCCUUACUUCCCUGAGCUGUAGGCUGUCUCUGCAGGGUGGGAGUUGCUGUCUGGACUCUCUGUAGCUGCACCGCUGCAGAUCAGUGAGUAUAGAUAGGCAGGGAGGGAUAUGCUGGAACUUCCUAUCCCUGCCUGUCUCCACAUACACAGUGACCCCUACUGGCCAGUGCUGGUAUUGCAUAGUAAUCUCUUGUUUAUACUGAGAAAAAUACCAGCAUUUAUAUUGCCAGUAUCACUGCAAUAUUGGCACUAGCCAGGCAGCCUCAAAUACUGUCUGUGCCAAUAAAAUAAAAGCCAGGUGGAAUCCCUAAGAGUAGUGUGUGGAAAAAAAAAUGUUUUUUUUUUUUUUUUAAUCAAUGGGCCUAUUCCAUGGGCCUGGGGCUGCAGCUCCAUCAGCCCCUAUGUUAAUCCGGCCCUGCCCCUUCCCAGGUUCUGGCUUUCUGGGCACUGUAAGUACAAAUUAUGGAAUUGCAUUUUCCCCUUGUUUAUAUUUCUUAUUAUUUUUACUUUGUUAUUUAUUUUUCUUGUAUUCAUUUGUUUUGAGCUGGAAAUUAUUUUGACUUAGUUUGAAAAUUUUAUAUUUUUACUGCGUGUUUUCUUUUCAACUUCAUCCUUAAUAACCAAUAAGCAAAAUAUCAAGCAAUAAAAAAAAUGAUAUCAGAAAUAAAAGGUUCAGAAAAAAGAGAGUUAUUCUUAUCAUUGUCAGCUUACUCAAACCCUUAGCAAAUCUAUAUGUUCCUCUAAUGGAAAAUGCCAUACAGGUCAUUACUGUUAGGUCUCCCCUCCUUAAAAUCAGGAAAAAGAUUUUUACUUACCUGACAUCCAUUGCCAGGCUAUGCUCCCAGCUCUGUUCUUCCACUCCCUUUCUCUACGUCAUCUGGCAAUUGUGCAGUCCAAUCAUAGGCUUCUCAUAGAAAAAACUGUGAUUGGACCGUUUCGCCGGAUCAGAGUGCAAGUUAUUUCCAGUAUAUUUAAAAAUGUCUAUUUAGGUAACAUAGGAAGACAGGAGGGAGCACUCACAGGUUGGUAGAGAGAGCUAGUUUCUCCUGGCAUUCUCUCUGCCUCCAAGGGGAAGAUAAUUCUGUCUGCCGGCAGCGUAAUAGACUCUGUGUGAAAAUAUGCACAGAAUUCACAUUAGGCAGCCCAGAACAGAUUUUUGAGCUGUCUAAGUCAUGUGUACCGGGGGUGCAACUUGCCCCAACACACAAUCAAAAAUGACCCUGGAUGUGCAAGCUGAAACACAGCACAUUAAUACUCCUAUCACCAUGACCACACUAAAGUGGUCAUGGUGGUUGGAGUAACCCUUUAAACUGAGAAAUAUGAAUCAGUUUGUCAAUUUAAAAAAUAUUUCUUGUAUAGUUAAUGUCAUUUAAUAGAAAAACAUACUUUACUUCUCAGCAAUUGAUCUUGUAUUUUUAUUAUUUUGUUUUUUUGUGCAGGAAGAGUAGGACUGUGGAAGGAUAUAUUUACUGUCACAAUGAAUGAAAAAUUCGACCUGGUGUACAAGCAGAGAAUGGGAAAAUCUGACCUCACCUUUGACUUCAACUUAUAAAGUGAAAAUGCAUGCAGAGAAAUGGCCACAUACCACUAGGUAGAGAAUAUCGCCUCUGUUCAUACCUUGCUGCACAAUAUACUGUAAUUAUCCUGUGUAAUAUUCUCGUCCCGGGAACGAUCUCGGGCAAACGCUUGUUUAUCAGUAUUUCAUUUUUAUUUGCAAAUAACCCUUGCAGUGCUGCAGCAAUUAAGGCACUGCUGGGCCCCCGUUUGGUGUAGACGGAAUUCAGACCCAUCAGCGCUGGUUAACUCUGGCCACAGUUAAUGAAGGCACACAGAUGUUUGGCGGAUCUGUUGGAGAAAGGGUUAACAAUCCUAAUGUAUAUGGUAUGUGUGACGCAGUUUGUACACGCUCUCUUGGCGUAACGUUCGGUGUGUUUUAUAGCGCUUCUAAACAGAGAUUGAAAAAACUUUGAUAUAUACUUAGUGACGGCAUGGGAGGUCUGUGACCAGCCCGUGCGGAGUUCUACGUGUUAGAUGAAUCUCAGGGCUUUAUUGUAAUGUUGGUUGUAUUGUUUGUGUCAUAAAUCAAUGCAAAUAAAAUCCUAAUGUUCUAUAUCAA